AUGACGGCUCAUAGAGCUUCAAUGCAAAUUUCUCAAGGUAGGUGAGCAAUAGCAAGUCAUGCAAUUGACCUAGGAAGGACGUACAUUUAAAAAAAAAAAAAAAAAAAAAGAGAGAGAGACAAUUAUAUAUAACUAUUCUUAUUAUUAUAUAUAUAUAUAUAUAUAUAUAUAGCACCAACAAAUUCCGUAGCGCUUUACACUGGGUGGACUAACAAACAUGUGAUUGUAAAAUAAAGAAGGAACUGGUUCUGAUCCAAGAGGCCCAAUACAAAAAGGGGGCUAGUGGGUCAGUACCAAAAAAUGCCCAAUGUUACUCUCCCUAAGAUUGGGGAAUAACCCACGGUGUACAAAGUAAACAUGUGAUUGUAACCAGACAAGUUUGACGCACAGAAACAAAGGGGUUCAGGGCCCUGCUCAAUGAGCUCACAUGCUGGAGGGAGUAGGGUAAAGUGACACAAAAGGUAAGGGAAGUAUUAGGGAAGUAGAUUGGUAAAAUAGUAUUCAAUGAAGACUUAGUGUGGGGUUUUGGAGCCAUUAACAGUUUAAUUGCUAUGUUUUUGUUAAAAAGUGAGUUUUUAAUGAUUAUUUGAAGGAGUGGAGACUAGGUGAGCAUCUAACGGACAAGGGAAGGGAGUUCCACAGGAAUGGUGCAGUCCUAGAGAAGUCUUGAAGGCGAGCAUCAGAGGUGAGGGUACGAACAGAGGAUAGAGCAUAGGGGCCUAGACGGGAUAUAUUUGUGUAUUAUGGAGGGUAGAUAGGUGGGAGCAGCAUUAUGUAGAGAUUUGAAUGCAAGAACCAGAAUUUUAUAUUGUGCCCUAUAUCUUAUGGGAAACCAAUGCAGUGACUGACAGAGGGGUGAGGUGUGGGAGGUGCGGGCGGACAGGAAGAUGAGCCUCGCCGCCGCAUUCAUUAUAGACCGCAGUGGGGCAAGCUUGAAACAUGUAAGCCACUGAGAAGCGGAUUGCAGUAGUCAAGACGAGAGAGGACUGUGGCAUGGACCAGCACCAUAGCCGCAUCUGGCGUUAAGUAGAUGCUCCCAAUGAUUUUAAGAUGGAAGCGGCAGGAUUUGGCGAUCGACUGGACAUGAGGGUUAAAGGAGAGAUCAGAGUCAAAGAGAACAAUUUGGUUCAAUUCGGCACUUCUGAAAUUCGGGACUUCGGCGAUUCGGAACUUCAGUUCGGCACUUCCGAAAUUCAGGACUUUGGUAAUUCAGGAUUUUGGCAAUUCCUUAAUGUAACUCCUAACCCUACCCCUUACCCUAACCUUAUCUCUAACCCAUAUCCCUAACCCUAACCCUAGCCCUAACCCAAUCCACCACAACCACUUACACAUCUAGGGUUAGGGGUAGGGUUAGGGGUAGAGUUAGGGGUAGGGUUAGAGGUAGGGGUAGUGUUAGGGGUAGGAGUAGGGUUAGGGGUAGGGUUAGACUCCUGUUAUCAUUCACAUAAUUUUCCCUCCCUCUCUUGUUUUGACACUUUUCAGAAAUCCGAAGCACUUCGGCACUUCCGAAAUUUGGCACUUUGGCAAUUCACUUAGGUAAUUCAGCAUUUUGGCAAUUCAGUUCAGUUCGGUUCGGCACUUCCGAAAUUCGGAUAUUCGGAAGAAUCCGAAUGUCCGAAUUUCUGAAAUUUGUCUGAAAUUACAUUCGUAAUAAAACGAAUUGCACAUGUCUAGUGAGAAUGUUAAGAUUACCAAACAUAAUACUUUGGAAGCCAGACCCUGCUAUAUGUGGCUCUGGAAAAUAUGUUUUGUCCUGUACACCAUUAUUUUUAUCCACGCUAAAGAAAACUGAUAAUACUACACUGUGAGAGUGUUAUGCUUUAUUUUCAUUUUUUAGGUUUAUUGUUUUUGAUUUUUCACCAUCCUUAAUAUUCAGUUUGGAGAACCCAAACUCAUUCUAGCCCCUGACGAAGGUGACUGCUUUAAGCACCGAAACGCGCGUCGGGUUCUCUGUCUCUUUCUUUUUCACAUAUUCACACUGGGCACUUUUCACUAUGUGCAGGCAACCAACAUCCUAAGUAUGGUUCUGCACAUUAGCACUAUUUAAUAAUCUUUUUUACCUCUCUUUCAUUUUCCAAAUCCUGUAUCUAUUAGUUACCGUGUAGGAGAUACAAUAGUAUCUGAGACUGACUCUCUCCUUUCAUUAUAUACACGUUCUCCUACUAGUUACUUUGUAUUUAUAACACUUAGAUACAUUUUUCUAUAGUUGACCCCACACUUGUUGUUAUUACUAGCAAUUACUAUCUAUCAUUACGGACAGGGAGACCUCUUGGUUUAAACGGUCCCCUACUGACAUAUCACUGUCAUCAUACAGUGGCUAGGUUAUUUUUAAUACUUAAGGCCACUAUAUUAGGGAUUUGGAAUACCCUCCGUGACUCUAUUAGUUUUGAUCUAAAUGUAUAAUACAGACUGUGACCUAUCGAGUUAUUAAUAAAGUCAGUAGUCUGAGGGUUUUUUAUUGACACAGCGGAUAAGUGAGAGGUUUAGCUGAAAGGCUUAGUAAUUAUCACUUCACAUUUGAUGUCUCUAGGGUCUGGGACAUGUAGGAAUCUUUAUACAUUAUUAUUGUAAACAUCAUUUGUUCACAGAUCGUAUAUUUACUAUUUAAUUCCAUAUCAAACUCAAAUUGCAGGAGUAUUUCCAGUGUUUUGAGUUUUCUUCUUUUAUUUUUGGAGAACCCAAGCAUCUGAUGUAAUAAGGGACAAUACAUGAGAAAAAUGGGUGAGUCUGCCCCCCACUGCUAGUAUGAAAGAAUGGUGAUUGAAAUCAUUUACCACAGGGGUGUCAUUCCGAAGGAGCACCUAAUGUGCUGACAGCAACCCAGGGCCAGUCACGCAGCAGGAAACAAUGGCGUGGAUCUCUGCUCAGGUAAGAUGGGUCAUCCCGUGUAAGAACCUCGGUUAUGUACAAGAGAACCUCUGGGAAAACGGCUGGAGAAACAUCUCCUGGUUCUUCUGGCCCUGGCAAAAAACCUUAGGUUGUAGCAACUCUGGAGACAAGCGCACAGUGCCAUAGGUCCAAACAUGGCCGCCUUUGCCGACGACUGCUCCAACAUCUCAGAUGACUUCACAACAAGAGCAGAGAUGUUGGAGCAGUCGUCUCUACUGACUCCCCCACAGCCAGUCUCAUCUCUAGUUACCACGGCAGUCAUGAAAGAACUGCUGGCUGGUUUACAGCAUACCAUACAGGCUACAGGCCGACAUGUCUCAAAUCCACAAAGACUUACAGGGUCAGACAGGCCGCAUGAGUACCUUGGAACAAGACUCCCGCCAAAACGCACAACACACAGCACUGCUGCAGCAAGCAGUGCAUAAGUUACAGUAGCAGAAUCUUAAAUAUGACCAGCGAUUUGCAGCGCAAAGCCUGAAUAUUAAGAUCAGGGGGAUCACUGAGUAGAUCCCGGAGGCCAAGGUAUCUCACUUUGUAAGGUGACUCCUGUUAGUCUCCUUGUCUGACAAGCAAUCAAAAUCGGUUACCCUGGAAGGGAUGUUCCACAUAGCAAGGCCUGCUAAAGCUCCGACCUCGUCACCAAGACAUCUCCUGUUACGCUUCCAAAGUAGCAGGGACAAAACAACUCACCAUAUCUGCUGAGAACAUGUCGCUCUCAUUCUAUAGAGACCUGUCUGGGACAACACACUGGCCUGACGUCAUUCCAGCCCUUCACAUCUCUCCUCCGAUUAGAUAAAGUCAAUUACAGAUGGAGGGUGUCUCACAUGUUAAUAAUUCACCAAGGCGACUCCUCGCAUUCCAUCGUAGAUUGGCAAGGUGCAAAGGAUCUCCUGCCCACCUUGAGGCGCCAGUGGGACUCCGUAACCCUGACAGGGCAGUGCACCACCUCUGCACUAUCCUAUGCCUGGGAUCCCACUAUGGUGACCCCCUUUGUCCUCCAACGGCCGUGAUGGAGAACUGACAGCCUGACGGGCAAGGUUUACCUCUUUCUAGAACAACCAUUUAUAUUACAUGAUGAAAGCCAACUCUGACAUUGUUUCCAUUUUGCAUUCUGUGCCUUGUAUUCUGUUUCACAUUAUUAGAGCUGUUUUAUAUCAUUUUGUGUUUUUACUUCCCGUUUUCCCAUUAUUAACAAGCAAAGGCUGUUUCUUGCUCGCUUCGCUCCUAUACACGCACGGUAAGGAGUAUGUACAGCUGAGCCAUUGCCAAACUUCUCCCUAUGUCCAAGUGGCUCAAAUAUCCACACAUCAGGCCAUAUUUGUCCCUUUCUCCCCUCCUCCCCCUUGGAUAAGGGGUAAUCUUCAUACACCGUUUAAGUGUCUCAACUAAAGGCAAAACCUAGCCUAUCUGACCAUAGUAAUCUGACUCUAACUUUUCUCUCUCACUAGCGUUUUUAACCUACCCCGACCAAUAGCAUAUUCACUAUAUUUAACCCAUCCGAUAAAAUCUAUAAUCCUAGCAGGAGAGGUCUAAGACCUAUCUCUAGUACCUCCACUUUACUAAAAAACCUCAGUUCAUGGCCUGUCACCCAAAUGUGUCAGUUGACCUGUUUGCUAUGUUAUACCAAUUUCAUGCUGUCUCACACAUGCUUUUGUCGUAAGAUGUUUUAUAUCAAGGCUAUUACCUGAGAGAAAAAUAAAGAAUAAAAAAAAACGAGAUUGUGGUAAACAGAACAAGAAGCAAUAAUAAUAGUGGAUAUUAAAAAUUUAUAGAUAUACCAUAGAUAAUAUAGAUAAAAUAGAUCCCACAGUAUGAAAACAGUGGGACCCAUGUUCUAUAUAAAUGAGGGAGCAGCUAACAAAGAGGACGUAGUUGGUUUGGCAUCCAUCCAUUAUACCACAGAAGAGGUGCUGAUUAGCUGACCUUGUUACUCUGACAUGUGAUUGUUAUAUUUACUAUACUGUUUAAAUAUUUUUUUCUUUGCUGAGGGAAAUAAAGAAAGUACAUCAUAACAUGAGCCUCUGUGUCUUUAAUAAAAUCCUGACAUGAUGAGGUUUAUUCAUUAUAGAGGAACUGUCACUUCCUCGCUUUUAAAGGGACACUCCACUUCCCAAAUACAAAAUAGAUGAAAUUACUGUUUAGUAGAUAUAAAAUUACUGUUUAGCAUAUUUAAUUAUGUAUUUUUUCAUUGGGGUAUAUCUAAAAUCAGCUUGCAAAACCUGCAAUUGUCUUUGCAAGCCUUCCACUUCUAACCCCGCCCAGACUUUCUGUAACUGUCCAAUCACACACUUUCCAGCAUAGCUGCAAGGCAGGUGCUCUGAGCAAUUGCUACCUCUUGAGUUUAAAGGAUCACUAUAGUGUCAGGAAAACAAACCUGUUUUCCGGACACUAUAGUGCCCCCACCCUCAAGGCCCCCCUCCUGUGGCGCUGAAGGGGUUUAAACCCCUUCAGUUACUUACCUUAAUCCAGCGCCGGGCUCCCUCGACUCUGGUGACCUCUCCUCACCCUCUGUCAUCAGCUCCCGAGUGGAGUGGAAUGCGCAUUUAAACUAAAUGCCCAUUUUCCUAUGGACGUUCUGCACGUUGGAUGCGAGUUUCACAUCCAGCGUCGCAGAAGUGCCUCUAGCGGCUGUCAGGAAGACAGCCACUAGAGGCUGGAUUAACCCUAUUAUGUAAACAUAGCAGUUCUCUGAAACUGCUAUGUUUAUACCUGAAGGGUUAAAACCUGAGGGACCUGGCACCCAGACCACUUCAUUGAGCUGAAGUUGUCUGGGUGACUAUAGUGCCCUUUAACCAAGAGCUAACCAAACCAGGAAGUAACAGAAUGCUUGAAAGCCAGGAGGUGUAACCAGGUUAAUUUAUAAAAGUGUCACUUUUUGCAAAUGAAAAAAUAGGACACACUCUUAAAGUUAAAGUGCUUUAGGGAGCCAGAUAAUCCCUUUAACACAACCAAACAACUAACUAAACGUUCGUUAUUGGUUGUGUUUUAACUUACCUCCGCUGCUCUGUGCAUCCAGUAAACAGUGUAAUAGUGUUUAGUGGGGUGAAGGAACAAGGAACUGACAGUUUCUUUAUACACACCAAAUUAUGAUGAAGUGAAACCAGAUUGCAAAAUUCAAGCUACAAUAGCCGAGCUGUAACUAUAUCUAAAAUAGAGAAUUUUACAAAUCAGCUAUUUUUAUCUACAUUUUGGAAUUACUGACUAAAGCCCAAAUUAAACCUAGAUUAGAAAAGGUGGUUUAAAUAAUUCUAAAUAAGUAAUCUAUAUCAAUAAUAUUAAUUUAUUAUAUACAUUAAAUAACUUAAAGUGGCUCCCCCAAAAACGUUUUAUUUUACAUUUCAUAAGGAUAAAAUCUUUAUUAAAUGCUCAUAAAGAAUGUGUUGAAAUGUCAUUGAAAUUCCAACACAGUCAAAAGAUAUCAUAAACAAAUACAGGACUACUUAGUAUUAUAGUAUAUCAUCAUGCUCACAAAACUUGACAAAAGGCUGAGCUACCGCAAUCAAGUUUUGUUACAACUCACAGCCUUCACUAACGAUGGCUGUGGGAAUAAAGCAUUAUGUCGCUUAUCGCAAGAUAAUAUCUGAGCAGGCAACCGCGGUCUCCUCCAUAGACAUCAGUGUUGUAUUUACACAUAUGUGCGACAGCACAGACUUGACGAGGGCUCCUGGUGGAAGAAGCACCAGGAACUGAAGACUAAAGAUGACAGUGCCUCUGGGGGACAGCAUUGUUAUAGGCAUAUGUGAAGGAAAACCCCUUUCUCUUUCAAAUUCAUAUAUAACCCACCUGUUCGGUUACUGUAUGGAAUUUCACAUUCCCCUUUUUAUACACCCGAGAGACCAUCCCCUGGCUCAUUAACUUAAAGAAGGUCGUUAACACAAGUGCUCUCCCUGGGAGGCCGCCAUUCAUAUAACCGAAAACACGUGCUCUUUGGAAUGGCAAUUAUUUUGUCUGCUGAACAUAGGCAGCGGUAUUUUGAGCGCAUGGAACUAUGUUCGGAACACUACAGCUCAUGAAUCCCGGUGUACUCAUACAGCCGCCUUCUCCAUUUACAGACAAGCCAGAAGAGAGCUAUUUGGGGAAAAGACUCUGUGACCCAUGAGGAACUUUUGCUACCUAAGAGUCAGGGUGGAAAUUCGGUCAUUUUUGCUCAGGAGCUCUCGAAUAUUGAAUUGUCGUAGCCACGUUCACUCUGGAACUAUUUUGGGCUAUGACCUCAUUGCCGGCCUGUCAAAACUUUACCACGGUGGUGAUUCAACUACACCAAACGGAUCUGAGCGCUAUAUGGAGAACUUGGGUGCUGAGAUCCGGGCUAUCCGGGGAUAUAGGACAUGUGGUGUUUCUGUUUGGGAUUAUUGGGGUUUUGGGGUGUUUUUGUGAAAAUGUUAUGGUUUUUUUCUGUAGCUGGGAGAUAAUUGCAUUACCAGGCUUUUGACUUAAUUAUCUCCCAGACACAGAGAUGCCUGGGAGGAGUUUGUACAGUUUUGUAUGGCGACCCCAUGCUGGGGGGGUCUGUGCAUAAAUGUGCUUUGACCGAAAAAACAGCACUACUCCCAACAUUCAUACUAAUGUAUGGGGGGGGGAAGCUAUAGGGGGAAAGCUAUGGGGGGGGAAAGCUAUAUCAGCUAUAAUCACUUCAGCGGUUGGGCAGAGCUACUUCACAGCAUAUGCAAAUAUGUACAGGUAAGGAUAACUCAACUCUACUACAAAGGAACAUUAUAGGUAUCAAACCUCCGACAGGAGAUAUGGAAAAAAACUGAUUCAUAAAACUAAAGUUGAUUCGCUGCCUAUAGCCUCCCUUUAACCCAGGGCCACAAGCAUUGAUGUCGCUUUUCGGGUCCUUGCAAAGUAUGCAAAAAACAUGGAAAGUGACAGAGCCACUGUAAUGCCACAAAUAACUUUUUAGGAGAACCUAUUUCAAAAUAAGUUUUUCUCCCAGCUGUCAGUCAAUGUUUCUGUGUGCCGAGGCAUCGCCUGACAAGGGAGAGCAGAAAAGACCUCCCACAAGUGUCUGGAAAAUCCAUAGCUAGGGAUUAUAGGAAUGGAGUGACAGGAAUGUAACUUUGUGAUAUAUAUAUUGUAUCAUGGUUAGUAUUGUAUGUCCCUACAAGCUUUUUAAUGUAAACACUACCUUUUCAGAGUUUACAUUACAGCCUAGGAACACCUCAAGUGGCCACUCCUCAGACGGCCACUAGAGAUGCUUUCUGGGGCAGUGCUGCAGAGAUGCUGAACUUUCCCUAUCACCUUUCUAACUCCAGGUAAGGGGGGGCAACUAUCUAAAUGGUUGUUUUAGAACUAUAGUCAGGGCUGGAUUAACAUAGGGGCUAAUGGAGAUGCAGCUUCAGGCCCAUGCCAAUUUUUUACACACUACUCUUAGGGCUUCCACAAAUGCUGGUAUUUUUCUCAGUAUAAACAGAAAUUACGAUGCAAUACUGGCCAGUAGGGGUCGCUGUGUGUGUGGAAAGAGGCAGGAUUAGGAUGUUCCAGCAUAUUCCUCCCUGCCUAUCUCUACUCACUGAUCCACAAGGGAGCAGCCACAGAGAGUCCAGACAGCAACUCAGGGAAGUGAGGAAUGGGGCGAAAGGCUGCAAGGAGACAUGGGGGCACUGGGAGAUAUGAGACACUAGGGACACAGUGUCCCCAUGUCUCCCAGUGUCCCCAUGUCUCUCAGCCAGUGUGUCUGUGUCCCCAUGUCUCCCAGUCUCCCUAUGUCUUCCAGUGCCCCCAAGUCUCCCAGUGCCCCAAGUGUCUCAAUGUCCCCAGGUCUCCCAGCAAGUGUCCCUGUCCCUGGUGUCUCAGUGUCCCCAUGUCUUCAAGUGUCCCCUAUUUUCACAGUGUCCCCUAGUCUCCCAGUGUCCCUGGUGUCUCAGUGUCCCCUAGUGUUUCAGUGUCCCCAUGUCUCCCAGUGUCCCUAGUGUCUGUGUCACCAUGUCUUCCAAUGUCUACAUAUCUCCCAGUGUCACCAUGUCUCCCAGUUCCCCAAGUUUCUCAAUAUCCCCAUUUCUCUCAGUGUCCCCAGAUCUCACAGUGUCCCCAAUGUCUCUCAGUGUUCCUAGUGUCUUAGUGACACAGGGACCCUGGAAGACAUGGGGAUACAUACACUAGGGGACACUUGGAGACAUAGACACUAGGGGACACUCAGAGGAAUAUUGGGGGACACAGGGAGACAUGGGGACACUGGGUGACAUGGAGACACAAGACAUGAGGCAUUGAGACACUGUGAUACAUAGGGAUACUGUGAUACAUAGGGUCACUGGGAGACCUGGGGACACGACACUAGGGGACACUGGGAAACUGGAGGACACUGGGAGACAUGAGGCAUUGAGACACUGUGAUACAUAGGGAUACUGUGAUACAUAGGGUCACUGGGAGACCUGGGGACACGACACUAGGGGACACUGGGAAACUGGAGGACACUGGGAGACAUGAGGCAUUGAGACACUGUGAUACAUAGGGAUACUGUGAUACAUAGGGUCACUGGGAGACCUGGGGACACGACACUAGGGGACACUGGGAAACUGGAGGACACUGGGAGACAUGGGGCACUGAGACACUGUGAUACAUAUGGACACUGUGAGACCUGGGGUAAUCGACACAUGGCAACACUGAGUCAUGAGAGCACUGGGAGACAUGGGGGGAAUGGGGACUAGGGGACACUGAGACACUGGGAGACAUGUGGACACUGAUACAUAGGGACACUGAGAGAAUGGGAGACUUGAGACACUGGGGGACAGGGAGCCACUGGGAGCAAUCCAUCUAUACUGCAGAAUCAAACUGUAAGUAGUUUUUGGGUGAUUUUACAGCAUUUUCUCUUAUGUCACUCCUUGUGAUUUACAUCAUGUGAUGUCACCCAUACAUAAUUAAUUAUGCAAAUUAGUAAGGCUGGUAUAUUUUUCCAAGAAAGGUGGCAACCCUAACUACUUUUCACAUACUCUUGCUUAAGUAUGGAAACCUAAGAGGAAUGCAUGGGAACAAAACUUGUGUGGACUUGCUGAUAAUAAAAUUAGUUAAGGUAAUGCUGACUUUGGUCUCUCUAACACUGUGGCAUGUUCCCUCCUUUCUUCUACACUCACUACAUAUAGCUUUUAUCUGUCCAAGACUAUAUACCAUGAGCUUCUGCCUGCCAGUAAGAAGGUAAUGAGACAAGUGGACCAGCGAGUGAAAGUCCUUAGAAAGUGUUGAGCGAGCGCAUCAUUAGACGCAUUUAUGCCAAGCUCAGGGUGCUGUCUGCAUAGUAUGCCCUUAGUUGGCCAGCUUGCAUGAUUGAUAGGCAGCCUGACAUGCAUUCAUGCCAGGCUGGCCUUCCAAUUCCUUGGGCGGACAUGGCCCCUUUUUAGGCAUGUUAGCUCCUUUUGGCAGGUUACGUGAUUUGCCUCAGCGGCACACCCUUUUACCAUGCCGAUUGACUUCCUGCUUCACUUGACACUGCUGUUAUGGAUUUACUUGAGAUAUGAAAACAUAAAUUAGAGGGAGAUUAGCAUAGGGUAUGUGUUUUAUUAUAGCUGCUGUUUUCUUUCCCUCCAGCACCAUCUCCAUCAGAUACAUGACGCCUGGGGGUGUUUUUAGUCGAUAAGAUUCUGUAAUUAGGCCCAUCAUAAUUGUCAUCAUCAGGCCCACUGGGCUCUUAAUCUGGCCAUGACUAUAGUGUCAGGAAUACACAUUUAUGUUCUUGUGUUCCUGACACUACAGUGCCCCUUUAACUGUGGUAUACAUAUUUGCUCUUAUUAACCAUUGCUUUCAUUGUUUAUUAAUUAUUAUUAUUCUUUAUUAUUAUUAAGGGGGUUUUGUUAUACUACAUUAUUUGUUUUAAAUCCUUCUGUGUCUUAGUUUCGGUUUCCCCUUCGACCUCCCUGGUCCUAUACUCUUUUAGUAGGGCUUAGGGAUGUCUUGAAAUAAUUUUUCCCUUUAUUUGUCAAUUUCGCUGCCUAUUUUCCCCUUUUCUUGGGCCACUCUAACACUCCUUUUUCUCCGAAUUGGCCACCCAUGCGCGUCCCUUCAGUUUCCCGCUAUAUUCGCCUUUCCGAAAUAAUUUUUCCCUUUAUUUGUCAAUUUCGCUGCCUAUUUUCCCCUUUUCUUGGGCCACUCUAACGCUCCUUUUUCUCCGAAUUGGCCACCCAUGCGCGUCCCUUCAGUUUCCCGCUAUAUUCGCCUUUCCGAAAUUUGCGCUCGCAGCUUUUAGUGCCUUUUAUUUUCGCGUUCGGACAACGAACACUUACUUUUCUCAACAUUUGCCCUUUUAGUUUUGCAUGUUCGAGACCGAACGCUUGCUUGUUCAGCUUCAUUAGCACACUGUUUAUAUUGUUAAGAUUCGCCACAUCUGUCUUUGAAGUGUAAUUUGGACUUCAUUAUGGCUGUUCUGCAAUUUUUCACACACUUUUUAUUUAGCCUUGUCCCCUAAUGGCCUGAAACCUCUGUUGGGGUUUAGAAUAGUUUUUUCGGCCGGACAGGUCUUAGCUUCUUGUGUGUUUUUGUUAUUACUGUAUAAUCCUGUGAGUAUUUGUUUCCACUUUUUUAUUGCUUCACUUUCAUCUGGGGGUUAAUCAAACCUAUCCUAUAGGUUAAGUGUUAUUGGCUCAACAAAGUUUAUUUUUUUUCAUUGUAACACGUUCACCUGAUCAGUCUGACAGGGAUCUGUCUUUCCCAUCUGGGUCUCAUCCGACCCCUCAGGUCACCUUGGGGUUUCCCCUAUGACCUCAGGUGAAGAGACUGAUUUGUCACCUGAUUUUACUGCCUCUACUAAAAUGCAAGUAUUCUUUAAUACCUCUAUGCCUAUGUCCAAGACGAAGGCCUUAGUUUCUGUGAUGGGCGAAAUGUCCAAAUCCCUAUCGUAGACAUUCACUCAGGCCCUUUUGCAGUCCCAGCGGUCGGCUCCGACGACUUUUCAGGCGACUGCACCUUUAUCCAACCUGAUCUGCCUCAACCAGGCUGCAAAGUAAUGGGCAACUCCAAACAAUCCUUCAAACAACAUGAGAUGGACAGUACACCUCUUGUCAAUGAUCUAAUCUAAUAUACCAUCGCGCAAAUGAGCCUCUAGCUGGGUAAAAUUGGCUACACUAUGGAAGAGGGCAAGAACCCAACUAGAUUUGUCUGAGCUCAGCGAUAUAGAGGGUCCCUUAUGGGCACUUUAGACGACCAGUCUGAACCGGAGUCCAAUGGUGCUCGUGGUGAAAUUAAGGGGUGAGGUUAGUUUGCCAGACUCUGGUGUUGAUUCUAAAAGUAUACCUCUGUUCGACCUGGAUGAUUUGCAUUAUCCACGUUCAGCGGAAUGGUGCCUUUCUGGUUAUGUGGCUAAACAUAUCACUUCAAGACUACAAAAGCCUUUAGAAAAAGCAAAGCACAAUAAACUAUGGGAUUAUUGCUCACACCCCAUGGCCCCCAGGGACCUCUCCAAGACACCCAUGGUCAAUCCCAAAAUCGUCCAAUUUCUGUGGAAAAAUUGAUGGAAGCCCAGGAAAGGUCAGGUCUAACGAACUGUCAGGAUAGGAUUCUGGACUCCUGCUGCCAAGAUAUUUGAUGCUGUCAAGGACGACUGAGAGCUGUAUCGUGAUACUAUACGUGGAUGGAUCCUGAGACUAAUGUGCUUGGUGGGAAACAGCAAUACUGCUCUUGCAACUGAGCACCACAAAUGCAUUUUACUUAAAAUUGAGCCUGGUUUGUGUCAACAAUCUUUUCUUGGUCCCCAAAAUAGGUAGUGGUGUACGAACAGUGAUAAAUCAAAAACAGCUAAAUAGUUAUGUGGCAUACCAUCACUUCAAGAUAGAACGCACCAUCUGAUUGGAUGAACAAAUUGGACCUACAGGACGCCUACCUCACUGUCCAUAUCAGGCAUCAAGAUUUCCUUCAAUUCACUUGGCAAAAACAGAAAUGGAAGUUCAGGUGCCUCUAAUUCAGACUAUCGUCGGCCCCAUGGUGUUUUACCAAGCUCAUGAAACCCGUAGUUGCUCUGCUGAGAAGACGGGGAGUACACCAUAUAAUUUACCUGGACGAUAUUUUCAUUCUGGCUCAGUCUGUCCACCUUGCUCACACACCUAUCUUGGAUGUUGACCUUACUGAAAAACCUGGGUUUCAAUUGGGCAAAAUCUCUCUAGGAGCUGUCACAACACAAAGAAUUUCUGGGUCUUGUUGUCGAUUCCACUUUCCAGACCCUCCGACCUCAAAAUUGUCGAAGCUCAAGAAGGUAAUCAGGUGUGCACUCACUAUUGCCCAACUCUCUUUUAAGCACUUGGUUCGGAUCAUCUGCAUUUUGGUGGCUUCUAUAUAAGCCAUAUUUCCAGGCCCUCUUUAUUACUGGGCUCUUCAACGAUUACAAGACUUUUACAUCAGAGGUGGCGCGUCAUUUGAACAUAUAGUGACUGGACGUGGAAGCGAAAAACAAACUUUGCUGGUAGCUCUUUCACAUGGUGGUAUGGAUUAGACACGCAAUAUUCGUCACGGCUCCGGACCUGAUCAUAGCAUCACAUACGAGCUUGUAUGGUUGCGGUGUGUGCUGCAGAGAUAUUUCCACAGGAGGCAGGUGGUCAAAUGUAGAAUGGACCCUUUACAUAAAUUGUCUGGAACCUUUGGUGACUCACUAAUGAAAAUUUAAUUUAGAACAAGAGCAGUGUACACACACUGAUUUCUAAACACAUUUAUUGCCGUUUAAAUACAGAUUCCAACACAGUCAAAAGAUUUAAAAAAAAAACAAACAAAAAAUAGGGCCUACUUAGUUUUAUGAUAAUAUCCAAAACCUGGCUAAAGGCUGAGUUACCGCGAUCAAGUUUUGUUACAAGCGGCACAGAGAGAUUUGGUCCCACUAUAGAGACUGUCCCUUCUAAAUAGGGUCACUUGGUUGGUAUAUAAUCUGCAUUGGAGGCAUUUGGCUUCUAGUGAAUAACCCCUGAAGUGUACCAGCUAUAUUAUAUUGCGCAUACUUCAGUUAUUGUAAUUAGUAUUUGCUAUGUUAGACACACACUGCCUGUGUUUACUUUGUGCUGUACUAGUAUAUCCUGAUGGCAAUCAGCCAGGACCUCCCUCCCCCGUCCCUAGCGCGACGGUUAUCAGUCAAGAAUGCUUAUGAUGUCACACGGUGACGCGUCAACAAACAGUACAUGUCACGUGUUUGGAGAGGGCGGUGCUUAAUUUGAUGACGUCAUUAAAGGUGUGGUAGUUUACGGAUCCUGAACGGUGCGUUUAAAAUGGGGCGUGUCUCUACCCAUGGCACUUCUCUGAUUGGUCGGUGCGCUGGUAGGGGGUGUGUUCUUGCAGUUGCCUCACUCCCCCCAAGCUUUGGCUCUUCCUGGUUACUGGUGGACUUAUCAUGCCGCUGCCGGGAGCGUACCAAGAGUACUGACAGGGGCGACCCCCGGAGGAGGAGGGGGGGAGAGUGAGGACAGCACAGAGCAAAGGGGUCUACACACAGGUACCAGCACCACCUCGCUCCAUGUGCUCACGGUGCCGCAAGCCAGACUAACUAACUAACCCAAAGUAGUCAAUGUGUGACAUACAUGGUGACUGAACUGAACCUUGAGCAGGCAGUGUGGUAAACACCAGGCGUGAUACACACCACUUUUCAGUGAAUAUGCCAGGAAAAAAGUAGAAGCGUGAAGCCAGACUAGUUUUGUAGUUCCAGGAGUGCUCCAAUAUAUGUUCUCUACAGAACCUUUCACUUUCUGUUUAUCAGUUUAUUGAAGUCCAUAGCUUUGGAAUGUAUUGGUUCCUGGUGAUCACUAUGGUGAUGCUUAUUUAAUUAAACUAAUGGCUGAAUGUAUUGAUCAGGCCGUGUUGGCAUGUAUGCGGAGUGUAAAUAGUUGCAGUCAUACACAGUGCACAGAUGUAUUAAGUCCAAAGUAUAUAUCAUAUGAGAUAGCAGUGAAGUAGAUAAGUAAUUUAUACACAAUGUGGUGAUUGAACUGUGAUGAAUUGAAUUUCAAGGCUAUAAUAGUUAAAUUUCUCCAGUUAAGAUAAACUUACAAAUUGGCUAUUUUAUUUCACCACAACUAUUGUUUAACCCCUUAAGGACACAUGACAUGAUUCCCUUUUAUUCCAGAAGUUUGGUCCUUAAGGGGUUAAAGUAACUCUCCAAGCAAUUCUCCUCCUCCCCUCCCUAUUCUUAACACUAUAGAGCCCCCUGUUUCCACACACUCUUGUGGCCCCCUCAGACAGGUAAAGGGUUAAAAAAAAAAACUUUAAGUCACAUACCUGAUUCCAGCGCUGAUGUCCCCAGGCACUGGGUUGGCGCUCUGCCUCCUCCAACCGGUUGCAUUGCAGGGCUAAUGGGGGCAGAGACAUAACUUAACCACACAACCACUACAGCAUGCUCAAAGUACAUUUAUUUUCAUUCUUUCUUCAACAUUAAAAAUGGAACUGUCACAUAUUCGCACUGUAAAGUGUUGCGGAACUUGUUGGCGCUAUAUAAAUAAUAACAUAAUAAUAAUCUGGAAAUUGCACCAGUGAAUAAAACAUUUGAAUAUAGCCUUCUAUAACUUUUUUUUUUUUUUUCCCCUUUCUGUAAAGAUCUAUUUUCUUUGAUAAUGUACACACAAUGCAAUUAAAAAGGAUAACAGAAACAUUGGGAGAGAUUAUCAACAUGUUCUAAAAUUGGUACAAACAAAUUUUUAAAAUGGGAAGAUUGACAUGUUGGUUCCUCUGUUUUUCAUGAUGAUUGUCCCAUAAUAGUAUCACUUUCUAGAACAGAAUUCUUUGAUAAAACUUCCCCUGCAGCUUUGGGUUCUCAACCAUUUUAAUAUGUUUGGAUAAGGGAAAAAAAAAAAGUAUUAAUAGUUUGAAAAUAAUUUUUUUUUUUUUAAAUCUAGUUUUAUAUUUAUUCAAAUAUAUUAAAUCAAGGCCUAUGUGUGACCGAAAAGGGCAACAUUUAAUACAGAGCUAAAAUGGAGUUCUAUCAUAGUCAGCCAUAAAAGAUAAAGGUUCACUAUAGUCACCAGAACAACUACAGCGUAUUGUAUUUAUUCUGGUGAGUAGAAUUAUUCCCUUCAGGCAUUUUGCAGUAAACACAGUCUUUUCAGAGAAAAGGCAGUGUUUUUAUAUUGCAGCCUAGGGAUACCACCAGUGGCCACUCCUCAGAAGGCUACUAGAGGUGCUUCCUGAGGCAGUGCUACACACUGUGCAGUACUACCAUUCAGUUUCUCCACCCUUUGCAUGCAGACACUGAACUUUCCUCAUAGAGAUGCAUUGAGUCAAUGUAUCUCUAUGAGGAGAUGCUGAUUGGCCAGGGCUGUGUUUUAUUUGUGCUGGCUCUGCCUCUGAUCUGCCACGUUGACAGUCUCAGCCAAUCCUAUGGGAAAGUAUUGUGAUUGGCUCACAGAAUAAUUUCUGAUUAUGUCAGCUGUACGCAGGUAGAUCAGAGGCAGAGGCAACAGCUGCAGACUUGAAUACAAGUAAGAUUUUACUAUAUUUAGGGAGGCAAUGGGGACCAGGCUGGCUAGAUGGUGGUUUUAACACUAUAGUUCACAUGUUUGUGUUCCUAUAAAGCGCUAUUGGUUUUGAUACUACAUUAACAUAUGUGUUACUAAACAAAAUCUUAAACAGCCUUGGAAAUGGCAAUUCCCCUUCAAACUUUUCAAGUUCACAAAUGUGUACAGUAGUUGCUCAAGGUUUCUAAUUGAAGCGUGAGAGAUUGUGAGACCACUUACACUGAUCAGACACAUUAAAACCAAAGACAGGUGAAGUGAAUAACAUUGAUUAUGACAUUACAAUAGCAUCUAAUAAGGGAUGAGAUGUAAUUAGGCAGCAAGUGAACAGUCAGUUCUUGAAUUUCAUGUGUUGGAAGCAGGAAAAAUGAGCAAGCAAAAAUAUUUGAGUGAAUUUGACAAGGACCAAUGUGUGAUGGCUAAGUGACUGGGUCAGUGCAUCUUCAAAACGGCAAGUCUUGUAGUAUGUUCCUGGUAUGCAGUAGUUAGUAUAUACCAAAAGUGGUGCAAAGAAGGACAAUCGGGGUCAUGGGGCCCAAGGCUUAUUGAGUCAUGUGGGGAGUAAAGGCUAGCCCAUCUCGCCUAAUCACACAGAAGAGCUAUUGUAUCUCAAAUUGCUGAAACAUGUAAUGCUGAUUAUGAUAGAAAGGUGUCAGAACACACUGUGCAUCUCAGUGUGUUGUGAAUGGAGCCACAGUCUGGUCAGAGUGCCCAUAAUGAUCCCUGUCCACCGCAGAAAGUGUCUGGUCUGAUGGUCUUAAAUCAGGUGGAUGACUGGGUGUGUGUGUGCGUCAUUUACCUGGUGAAGAGAUUGCAGCAGUAUGGGAAAGAAGACAGGCUGGUAGAGGCAGUAUUAUGCCAUGGGCAAUGUUUUGCCUCUGAACCUCGAGUCCUGGCAUUAAUGUGAAUGUUACUUUGAUAUAUACCACCUACCUAGAGAUUGUUGCAGACCACAUACACACCUUCAUGGCAAUGGUGUCCCCUGAUAGCAGUGGCCUCCUUUAGCAGGAUAAUGCACCCUGCCACACUGCAGAAAUUGUUCAGGAAUGGAAAGAAGAACAUGACAAAAAGUUGAAGGUUUUGCCUACAAAUAGACCCGUGUUCGCAAUCCAAUUGAGCAUUGUGGGAUGUGCUGAAACAACAAAUCUGAUCCAUGGAGGCCCCGCCUUGCAACUUGCAGGACUUAAAGGAUCUGCUACUCUUGUUUUUUUUUUUGUGCCAAACACCACAGGACACGUUUAGAGGUCUUGUGUGUCCAUGCCUCGAUGCAUCAGAGCCUCUUUACGCAGCAUGAGGGUUACCUACAGGAUAUUGGCGAGGUGAUUAUAAUGUUGCUUAGUGUAUAUCUUUUUCAUUGUAGGAAACAUAACAAGCUUGGAGUAUUCAUUUAAUCAGUGUUAAUCACAGGGACACUAUAGUCACUAUAACCACUUCAACUGCUUGAUGUUAUUAUGGUGCUUGGAGUCUAUAAUUGCUACGUCCCUCUUGAGUGGUAAACUGUUACUCUCAGUUUAGCAGAGAUGCAGACCCCAGUUACCAUAUGGCCAGGAGUUGUGGGCUGAGAGCUUACGAAUUGGUAUAGAAUGUGGCAGAUCAGAAGUCCGCCUUUGCAGUAUUGUGAUUAGGGGCUUGACUGCAGGGUGCCAGGGACUUAAUAUUUCUACUGAACACUGAGUGACCUGUUUAAACAGUGAUGCGAAACAAGGUGCACUCGGAUGCCAUACGCCAUGACCAUUUCAAUAUGUUGAGGUGGUUAUGGCGCCUACUGUGUCUCUCUUAGUAAUUGAGAUGUGUGUGUGUAUAUAUAUUAUAAACUGCUCUUGGCACAAUAACAAUUUAAUUGGAAUCAAUUUAUUGUAGUGCGUGGACGUCCUGGGCACUGGCUUAGCUGAAAGGGUUAAACUUUAAUAGUUUCAUCCCUAAGUCUUCAAGCUUGGACCGAAACCCUUUGCACCACCAAUUCCUACGUUGGUCAGAGGCUUCAAUUAGAAAGCGUCACACUGGGUGCAGCUGAGAGUCUUUUCACACUUUUUUUUUUUGUCCUGGACUUUCCCUUUAAAUUAACGAAAGGGAAACAAAAAAUACUAUGAGAAAUACAGGACUUGAAUUAAGUAUGGGCCACAUUAGAUAUGAGCUGGAUCCAUUUGUGUUUUACUAGAUAAGUAAGUUAUUGGAAAUUGGUCAUUUUUCCUAUAUGGUGAAAGGUUCCCAACCUGUAAUAAGGAGGAAGUUGCUACUUCCUGUGGCCUAGCACAUAAUAUAUUAAUCAUUACCAGUUAUAGGGAAAGUCAUAUGAUCAUGACAUGCAAGUACCCUGUGGCAUUGAUUGCUUUAGGCUUGUUAACAUUGAAUCGGCAAAGCCAUUGGAGCUUUGUGUUAUUGCUCUAUUUAGACUGGGGAAAAAAAAUAACAUAACAGACAAAUAUUCCAGAUCAUACCUCUUCAAGACCCAUGCCCUAAAAUAUGCUGUUUUUGUGAGUAACACCUCUUAAUAUGUUUACAUCAUAAAUGUGCCCACAGUGAUAUGAAUAAACCUAAUACCAUUUGCCAUUGCCCCUAUUUGUGGCCAUGCAUCUUUUUUUUUUGUUGUUGUUUUUUUUGUUUUUGUUUAAUGAAAUGCAGCUUUCUUCUGAUACGCUGUAUGUAUGCGUAGCACAUAUUACUGUAGCGGAGCUAAAAUACCUAGCAUAGUUAUCUCCACGGUAUACUCCUUGUAGCUGAAGAAGCAGUAAAAUAUCCAAGGCAAAAUCCCCCAGUAACUAGAGGACACAGUUCUGGGAGUACAACUGGAAUUAAUUGUUUAAUGGGACCUGGUACAGCCAAGUUAUACACCGACCCCCAGCAGGGGGUCUCCAUACAAUUACACAAAACUUUCACCAAUGGGAAUACAGAACAGGUCACAGAGAAAGAACUCAGAGCAAUCUCUGGUUACAUCAACACAGCCCUUUGCUGUAGUACAGUGUUUCCCAAUUUGUGUUCCGUGGAACCCUGGGGUCCGCGAGAACACAAAUGGGGGUUCUGCCAAAAUGGCCACCUCGAUAAUUGAGGCGGGCGGCAAAGGCGCUGAGCAGGAGAGUGCUAUCUCGCCGCCAGCCUCAAUUAUCGUGGCGCACACAGCAGAUGCUGAAGCCGGAAUAUGAAGUGGACCCCAGGGACUGCACGCCAGCUGCUCAGCCCAGUAGCCCCACUGGACUCAAGAGACUGCACGCCAGUUGCUCAGCCCCACUAGACCCCAAGUAAAUAGACUCCAUGCCUGCACUCCCAAAGGUAGAGAGGCUGGGUGGAGUGAAAUUUAAAAUAAAUUGUUUGUCAGCGAGCGUGUAUGUCUGCUUUUCGGUGUGUUUGUCAGUGGGAAUGUAUGUGUGUUUGUCAAAGUGUGUGUGUGUGUCAAGGUUUGUGUAUAGGUCACUGUGUGUGUGUGUGUGCGUGCGCAAGUGUGUGUAUCUGAGUCUGUCAAGGUGUGAGUAUCUGUGUCAGAUACAUUCAUAUACACAUACAAACACACACCGGCACAUACAAAAAAAACGCAAAUGUUGUAAUUGUUUUUUUACCGGGGGUGUUCCACAAUGUUGAUACGCUAUGUAAAAGGGUUCCACAGGAAAAAAUAAUUGGAAACCUCUGCUGUAGUAGAUAGACUUGCUGGCUCCCACAGCAGAUGGUUACUCACAGUGCAGCAUUUAACUUGAUUAACACACAGAAUACCUUUUACACCUAACUAUACUUUAUAGUUUAUACAGGUGGCCCUUUGUUGACCCACAGAUGCAUAUACAGACACACACACUGCUCUAUGUAGAAUACAGGCACACAACACAGCAACAGCUAGACACAUGGAAAGCUGUCACAAAAAUGGCGCCACAAGCUUAUGGCGCUCGCCAAACAAAUCAGACCAUCAAUCACAUAUCUCCCCCCAUAUAAAUAGACCUGAGGCAGACCCAUGACGGGCCUGCAACAAAUCUGUUGGACCACCCUUAGUCCAAUGUGACUGGACAAGUGGGUGCGCAUAGUACGCAUUGACAGCGUUCCGUCACAGUUGCGCUUGAAUAAAACCUUAAAAAUCUAGGACAAAAAACCCCAGACUUUUUAUGGUUUUUGCCCUAUUUCUAGCAUUGCUUAUCACUAACUAAGCCUAUCGUUUGGUAACACUAACUCUUAACAGAUACUGUGUAGAGGGUUUGUCUCACACGAGGAGUGAUGAUCUUUAAAGCCAAUCAUAGUGAUUACAUUCCUUAGUUUAUAACGAAGGCAUAUAAUUAGGUGACUGGCUCCAAUAUUAAUCACUCUGCCAUUAUUUCUGGAAUACUUCAUUGCGAAGCUGUCCAGAAAUAGCCUGGCACACUCUGAUCAUGGCAAGUACCAGGCACAGACUGCCUGCAGAAUGGGCUCAUAGGCACAAAAAUACCAUGUUAGCCUGUCACUGGAUUCUGAUGCCAGGUUAGCAUUUGGAAAGCUGUUGAUGGAUAUCUCAUGUUUGCUCCAUGUUCCCACUAAUGAUUUCUCUAUGGCUUUUGGCAUCUAAACACUGCAAUGUGGUUCCAUGGUAAACUGAUCCCUUCGUAGGGGGUGCGAUUUUCUUUUUUUUUUUUUUGUUAAUCAGGUUUUGCGAUUUCUAAACUGUUUGAGUAUUGAGAAGUUUGGCGAGACAUGAUCUUUGGGAGAGGGGAUUUAUUCGGAUCUUUCACUCUUUACUUUACUUGUCACUAGCUGUUUUAUUGACCGUGACAUACAUGGGUUUGAAGGGUUUAAUUGUGAUAUUUCCCUUUUAAGACCCUUACUGCAAAAAACAAUACUUCAGUUUAAGCACACACUUCAGAAACCUGUGCAACUCUAAUGUAUAUUAUGGUUACACUCCAAGCCUCUUUAAGAGAAUCAUUGCAUUGGUUGGAGAUCAUAAGUACUGAAUGUCUUAGUGUGGUUCACCACUUGAUUUUAGAUAAGUUAUAUAUUGGCUGUGUUCGAAUUCUGUUCAGCCACCUUACCAGUAUAUGUCCUUGUGCAAGACCUGUAAUGGCACAGACCAUUAGAGGAGACGCGGGGACCAGUGUCUGGCAACAAUAAGAAAAGAAGCAGCAAAAACCCACAGCACAUCAAUUUAUGCCAAAGAUGUUAGAUACAUUCAAUAUACCAAGCAAUUGGCAUAUAAUUCAAAGUGCAGAGUAAGCAGUGUCAUCACUAGGGAUGGUGUCACACGGUGCAGUAACAAACGGUGUCACCCAACCCCCUUAAUAAUGUGUGUGUGUUUUUUUUUUUUUUUUAAAUAGAAUUGAAGCUGUGGUCACAGCGGCAUGAUGCAUCCGAUCCAGAGGUGACACCAUCGCAGGUCUCAGCCAGGUUAGAGUUUACCAACUAAAGAUCCUGCCUGGCUGGUGUCGGUGGUGUCACCCAGGACCGGUCUUAGGUGUUCAGGUGCCUUGUGCAAGCCAAUCUCGUGGCGCCCCCACCCCACAUUUGCCGUCUGUUAGGAGGCAGUUCAUUCACAAACCCCUGCCCCCUCUCAUCAAAUCCAUGGCCACCUCUUCAUCAAAUCCCCCGACAUCCCAUUCAUCAAAUCCCCAGCCCCCCUUCAAUAAAACACAAACUAUUUAGUAAACAAAACAAAGCAAUAAAAUCAAGCACUCACAUUAAAGGCUGCUGCUCCCUGGAUCCAGCUGUCCGUUUCCCACGCCACCGAGUCGCAGACUUAAGAGAACCGGCUGCGCUGCCCUCAUACACACUUCAACUGCUUGAUGUUAUUAUGGUGCUUGGAGUCUAUAAUUGCUACGUCCCUCUUGAGUGGUAAACUGUUACUCUCAGUUUAGCAGAGAUGCAGACCCCAGUUACCAUAUGGCCAGGAGUUGUGGGCUGAGAGUGAAUUAUUUUGCGGCUCCCUGAGAAGGCGGAGCACGUCCAUGUUGCGCCCCCAUGCUCCUCCUACACGCACAGGACCUCUGCAUCACCCAUGUGGAUUCCCGGCCGCGGCUCUACCAUCACCAUUCGCAAGUCAAGUGCACUUAACUUGCUCUGCACUGCAGACCUAUAACUCGGGCCUGUCUGUGAGUGACUGACUGUGAGCUGUCGGCUGCCUGGUGCCCCUGUUGCCAUAGUGCCCUGUGCUCGCACACCCCAAAGGCCGGCCCUGGUGUCAUCUCACUCACCCUCCCCAAUGAUGCACCCUGGGGCGGUCCGCACCCCUCUUGUGAGGCCACUGAGAGUAAGCAAAUCUAUAUACCUAAUACCUAUAUUAAUAAAGUGCAGUUAGGUUACUCAUUAAAUGUGUAAAAACAUAUACUGAUCUAGGGCUGGAGACCAAGCUUCUCCAAUGUUUUGGCUACUGCCUUUGUCCACGGGAUCUUAUUGGUCUUCAGCCCUAGGCCAGUAUAUGUGUUUUUACACAUUUUAAUGAGGAACCUUACUGCACUUUAUCAGGGCCGAUCCUGGGCGGGUGCACUGCGCCCAGGCACCAGGAGGUGGGGGCGCAGCGCAGAUCGGCCGAUGGCCUAUCACGGGGAGCCCGGCAGCUGGCCACCUAAGGGCGCCCCCAGAAUGUUAGUUAUGUAGCAAGGCAGAGUAGGCACCUACUCUGCAGCAAUAUACCGGCCAGCUGAGGAAGGAGGCAGGCGGCGGCGAGGGAGCACUGCGUGUGCUGAUGCUCUUCCUGCUCGAUUGCGCGCCCUCUGUGGUGAUACCGGAAGCCGGACUAUGAUGUAAUUCCGGCCCGCAUCACCGGUGUGUGAGAGAGGAGCAGGAAGAUCAUGAAAGUCACUGGACCCCGGCGAGAGUACCCAGAAGACUCCUAAAGGUAGGAGCAACAAGCAAUACAAUUUGUCAGUGUGUGUGUGUGUGCAAGACUGUGUAAGUGUGUGUGUUUGUCAGUAAAUGUGUCAGUCAGUGUGUGUACAUCAGGAAGUAUGUGUGAGUAUGUGUUUGUGUGUGUCUGUCAGCAAGGGUUCCUGUCAAGUAAGUGGGUGUUUGUCAGGGUUUGUGUGUGUGUCAUUGAGUGAGUGCGUCAGCGGGACCAGCCUUUGGGGUGUGCAAGCUGUGUGGUUAUGCAGGGUGCCAUGACAAUAGAGGCGCCUGGCAGCCAACACAGCUCGCAAGUUGGGGACACCGCAUAUUAAAUUUAAACGAUUCCCUGGUGGUCCACCUACCCUGUCACAUAACACACCUGAACACCAAUUCAAUUAACUAUGUGACUGAGUGUGUUGUGUAUCUAUGAAUGGGACUUUGUGUGUCUUUUAAUGUAUGUGCCUCUGUUUUUUUAUGAAUGUUUGUAAUCGUCUUAAUGUGUGUGUCUGUGACUGUGUUUUGGUGUGUCUGUGUCCAUGAUGAUGUGUCUGUGAUGGUGUGUGUUAAUUCAUGUCUGACAAGGUUAUUCACUAAAACAAUUGUCAGGCAUACAAUGCUUCCAGUUUGACUAUUCUGUCAUCCACUGUGAAAUCCACUAUAAAUUCCUGACCAUUCUAAUUUUUGUAAAUAACCCAGUAUGUGACAGUGUAUGUCUGUAUAUGUAUGUGAAUGUGCACAUGUCUAUGUAUAUACGUUAUGAGAUAUGAUCUGUGGAUUUAUAUUUAUGUGUAUGGGAUGCAUACAUCACUGUACAUAUACAGCAAACUGAAAUAAGGAAACCUAUUUUACAGCUUUGCAUAUUUAUACAAAUGAGUUUAUAGAAAUAAUUGUUUAAGAGGGCGUCACCUGCACAGAGGGGAAGCAGGAAGCAAUACCUGCCUCACACUAGGGACUCUGGUCUCCUUUCCUCCUCACGAUGCUCAUCACAGCCAGGACUGUGUGUAUGUGACACUGAGGGUGUGUGUACAGUGACCAUAUGACAGUGUGAAUGUGCGUGUAUUGUGUGUGACAGUCUAGGUAUGCAUGGGGCUGUGUGUGUGUAAUUGUGUGAUUAUGUAUGUUGUGAUUUAAAAUGCUGAGUGCUGGACUUUCUUGUUUUGUGUAUCACUAAGUCUGGCAGCAUUUGUGUUUGUUUCAAAUCCAUGAGAUUGUAUAUCUGUCAUUGAGUGUGUGUGUGUAAAUGUUUCUGGCUGAGUAUGUUUUUCAGUGUGUGACAAAUCAGUGAGUGUGUGUCUAGAUGGAGAGGUGGAGUCGUUCCAAAGGGGAGGUGUUUGAAAGAUGACCACGCCCAGCUGGGGGCACCAAAAAAUGUCUGCACCCAGGCGCCUGUGACCCUAGGAUCGGCCCUGCACUUUAUUAAUAUAGGUAUUCUGUGUAUAUACUUGCUUACUCUGCACUUGGCACUUUGAAUUGUAUGCUAACGGUUUGGUAUAUCUAAUAUAUCUAGUAAAGAAAUUUUUCUUUGGCAUAAAUUGCUGUGCUUUAGCUAUUUCUGUAUAUGAUCUUGAUGUGGUAACAAGAUUUCCUCCCACUUUUAGCACACUGUUUUUAGUUGGUGCACGUAACACUACGUUACCAACUAAAGUAGAGCGCUUACUAUAUUUUUUGUAGAGAAGAGGCAGGGGGCGGUGACUGGCAGACCCCAUGCAAGAAGUUUAAACCAUUUUGACUAGGUACAUUGUGGGAGCCAGGACACUUCUGGCACGAUAACAAUUACAGUGUGCUCCAGUGGUUAUGGUACUUAGAGUAUUCCUUUACAUUUGAAAUUCAUUUUGAAUUCCUGAUAAUCCUUCUUUAAUGAAAACCUGUCAUAGUAUAUUUUUCCCUGCUCCGAUCAUGGUAUAUUUUUUGCAAACAGUUCAUAUUUUAACAAAAAAACUUUGGGCAGCACAAAUAUGCACUGCAUGUAACCUCUUGGCGCUUUCUGAUGCGGUAAAUAUUUAUAUUUUGAAACGGUUACUUUUAAUUUCUUGUAAAUACCAAGGCUUUUGUAUUAGUGGAAUAAAAACCAGUGUAAAGUAAAUUGUAUUUUAUUUCUCCUCUUUGUUUACAUAGCUGUAUCCUUGACUCUAGUAAACAUUAAAUAAAUUCUAGAAAUACAGGUCUAACAAAGAAUUUUGACUGUGAUUCAGGAAGGUGAACAGAACAAGACCAUGACAAUUACAAAAUUUGCUGUUAAUGUCAUAUAUUGUUCAGAAAUUAUAGAUCUGGAAAAUCCAUUGAAUCUAGGACAAAAAAGGUGUGUGAUUUUUGUAUUGUGUGUGUGUGUGCUAAGCGAAGAGUGCUUACUGUGCUGGUACAUGUUAAACCAUGUUCAAGCAGUUUAACACUAAAUAAGAGUCCCAGGCUACCCACAGUCAGGCCCCUUCUGGAGGUGUGGCUAAGCCAGAGAUUACACACUUCCUUGUAGUCACACCCAUUCAAACCGUCAAUGGUUCUGAUGGGCUAAAAGUAGUCAGCUGACACUCUUAGCCAAUCACUGCUAUCUAAUACUCAUUUGCCAAAGCAGCAAAAAGGGAAUGGGCUGCUAGGGACUCUUGUUUAGUAUUAAAACAUAAAAACUGUUUAACCCCUUAAGGACACAUGAUAUGUGACAUGUCAUGAUUCCCUUUUAUUCCAGAAGUUUGGUCCUUAAGGGGUUAAUGCUGAAUGAAAUGAUGGCAACAGGGGACUCCAGACACUAUAACCAGAUUAAUUAGAUGAAGCAGAUACAAUGAUACAGUGUCCCUUGUAAAGGAACACUGGUGUCAGGAACACAAACUUAUUCCUGACACUAUAAUGGUAAAAUCUCAGAGAAUGGACAAAACUUUUGAGAAACUCAAUAGCUUGCACUUUGGUAAAUACCCGCUCAGGUCUAAAAAUAGUUUUUGCUCACUUGUGUUAUUACAGAGCAUACCCAUUCCAUUUCCAUUGCAUGUCAGAGUCCAGAACCGAAAUGCUAGCAACUUUACAUCCGAGAUGCAGCAACCGUCUUUGGGCAUCUUCAGCAAGGUGCAGCUGAUACUCCUUUUAGACAUGGGGUCCACAUCUGUAUUACCUUUAAUGCAUUGCAACAAAAACCAAGAAUAUGAGAAUGGACAAAAAUUUAGAGAAACUCAAUUUCUUGCCAUUUGGUAAAUCUCCGCUCAGGUCUCAAAAUAGUUUUUGCUCACUUGUGCCAUUACAGAGAGAACAUAGAAACAUAUCUUAUUUUAAGUCUAGCAUAGCCUUAUGCCUAUGCCACGCAUUCUUAAACGCCUUCACUGUGUUAACCACUACCACUUCAGCUGGAAGGCUAUUCCAUGAAUCCUCUACCAUCUCAGUAAAGUAAAACUUCCUGAUAUUUUCAAACCUUUGCCCCUCUAAUUUUUUGCCCCCUUGUUGUGGUAGUUUUUCUUUACUGUGUUGAUUGCCUUUAUAUAUUUAAAUGUUUCUAUCAUAUCCCCCGCCUCGUCUUUCAUCCAAGCUAUACAUGUUAAGAUCCUUUUAACCUUUCCCGGUAAGUUUUAUCCUGCAAUCCAUAAACAUAUUUCAUAUCAGACUGAUCCCACCUAUAAGGGCAGUCCAAAACCGAAGUGCUGGCAAGUACUCUCUGCAUGAGAGAUUCAGCAACUCUGCAUGAUUGUUUAUGCAUUCUUUGGGUCUCGUCAGCGAGGUGGUAAAAUCACGGUUUAGCUUACCGGCCCCACUUGCCUCGCUUUCAAAAAGUGAUUUUACACCCCUUUUUCUCCCAUACCAUUCUGGUCUCUCUGCCCUGCCUUGCUUCACAUCUUUAGUUGAGUACAUCAAAACUGAUGUAAGCCAAUUCAGUGCUUUCCCAUAGGAAACAUUGGGAAGCUAUUGUGCAUGCAUGGCAAAACGCUGCACCAAACAGCAGCUCCUCAUUCGAGAUGCAUUAAAUCAUUGCAUCUCUAUAGGGAAUGUUCAGCACCAAGCAGUGUGGAGACACAGAUUUGUGAGUGCUGUACACUGUAACUAGCAAAGUUCCUAUGCCUUGAAAAGCAUAAAAAAGCCUGAAGGGACUGACUAGGCUCACCAGACCAACUACAUUAAGCUGCAGUUGUUCUGGUGACUAUAGUGUCCCUUUAACAAUAUGUUUGUAACUGGUGUUAAUUUCCCCAAAACAAAUAGAAAGUUAAACAGUGAAUAAUGUCUUGUAAACCAUUGCAUACACCAAGUUCUUAAAGGGAUACUAUAGUGCCAAGAAUACAAAGCUAUAUUUCUGGCACUGUAGCUUCUCUGAAACUUAAAUGUUUAAAGGACCACUAUAGUGCCAAGAACACUUGUUUUCCUGGCACUAUAUAGUCAUUAGGGCCCCCCUCCCGCUGGGCUGAAGCGGUUAAAACCCCUUCAGCCACUUACCUUUCACCAGCCCUGGGCUCCCUCGGUGCUGGCUAACUCUUCUCCCCUUGCGAAUGUCAGCUCAGAAUGCGCAUGUGCGGCAAGAGCCGCUCUCAUUCAAACUGCCCAUAGGAAAGCAUUACUCAAUGCUUUCCUAUGGACGUCCAGCGUCUUAUCACGGAAGCGCCUCUAGCAGUUGUCAGUGAGACAGCCACUACACCCUGUUCCAAAUUAUGCAAAUUAUAUUUUUCUCAUUUAUCUAAAUAAUUGAUGUAAAUAACAGUCAGCAUAAUUCACAUGUUAUCAACUAUUAAGAGUACAAUUCAAAUUUUAUUGAACAAACCUCCUAAUGAUAACAGUAUUUUUUUAAACAUAAAAAACUUACAAUGCACUGUUCCAAAUUAUUACGCACAGUAAGUUUCAAAACACUUUAUAGGUUGUAAAGAACUGAAAAUUGUCAUUUGUUGUGUUUGCAGCAUAUUUACUGAAAUCAAAAGCUAUUUCAAUCAAACUUAUAACAACAUUUUAACUUUUUAAACAUUUUAACAGUUCACGUUACAUUUAAACAUAGGACCGCUUAUUUGAUAGCAGCUUCACAAGUCUUGCAUCCAUUGAACUUGUGAGUUUUGGGACAGUUUCUGCUUGAAUUUGUUUGCAAGAUGUCAGAAUAGCCUCCCAGAGCUGCUGUUUGGAUGUAAACUGCCUCCCACCCUCAUAGAUCUUUUGCUUGAGGAUGCUCCAAAGGUUCUCAAGAGGAUUGAGGCCACACCAUGACUUUCUUUCCUUUUAUCCCCAUAGCAGCCAUUGAUGCAGAGGAAUUCUUUGCAGCAUGAGAUGGUGCAUUGUCAUGCAUGAAGAUGAUUUUAUUACUGAAAGCAUAGUUCUUGCUUCUCUACCAGGGAAGAAAGUGGUCAGUCAGAAACUCCACAUACUUUGCAGAGGUCAUUUUUACACCUUUGGUGACCCUAAAGGGGCCGACCAGCUCUCUUCCCAUCAUUCCGGCCCAAAACAUGACUCUACCACCGCCUUGCUGACGUCGCAGCCUAGGUGGAACAGGGUGGCUGUCCACCAACCAUCCACUACUCCAUCCAUCUGGACCAUCCAGGGUUGCACGGCACUCAUCAGUGAACAGGACUGUUUGAAAAUUAGUCUUCAUGUAUUUUUUAUGCCCAAUGCAGCUGUUUCUGCUUGUGAGCAUUGGUUAGUGGUGGCCGAAUAGGUUUAUGCACAGUUGCAAGACUCUGGAGGACUCUACACCUUGAUGUCCGUGGGACUCCAGAGGCACCAGCAGCUUCAAAUAUCUGUUUGCUUCUAUGUAAUGGUAUUUUAGCAGCUGCUCUCUUUAUCCGAUGCAUGGAUCUGGCAGAAAUCUUCCUCAAUGUGUCUUUAUCUGCACAAACCCGUCUGUGCUCUGAAUCCGCCACAAAUCUCUUAAUAGUGCGAUGAUCACGCUUAAGUUUUCGUGAAAUAUCUAAUGUUUUCAUGCCUCGUCCAAGGCAUUAAACUAUUUCACUCUUUUCGGCAGCAGAGAGAUCCUUUUUCUUCCCCAUAUUGCAUGAAAAUGGUGCUCUGCUUAAUAAUGUGGAACAUCCUCCUUUAGUAGUUUUUUCCUUAAAUUGGGCUCACCUGGCAAUCUAAUUAUCACAGGUGUCCGAGAUUGUUUUCAGUGAUCAAAAGAUUCCUGAGACACAAUGCCAUCCAUGAGUUAAACUGAAAAACAAAAUAUUUAAUCUUUGUGACACUUAAAUAGAAUUUGCAUAAUAAUUUGGAACAGAGUGUAGAGGCUGGAUUAACCCUCAGUGAAACAUAGCAGUUUGAAACUGUUUUCAGCUGCAGGGUUAAAACUAGAGGGACUUGGCACCCAGACCACUUCAUUGAGCUGAAGCGGUCUGGGAGCCUAUAAUGAUCCUUUAACAUUGCAGCAUUAAAGGACCACUAUAGUGCCAGGAAAACAAACUAGUUUUCCUGGCACUACAGGGUCUUUAGGUCCCCCCACCCUCAGGAUCCCACUCCCGCUGGGCUGAAGGGGUUAAAACGCGGCGCUGAGGAACUCUCCUCCCUCUGCCGACGUCAGUGCCGCAUGCGUGGCAAGAGCCGCGGGCGCAUUUAAACCGCCAAUAGGAAAGCAUUACUCAAUGCUUUCCUAUGGACGUCCAGCAUCUUCUCACUGUGAUUUUCACAGUGAGAAGCGCAGAAGCGCCUCUAGCGGCUGUCAGUGAGACAUAUCCAAUAUCCAGAGUUAAUAGAGAACAUUUUAGUGUGUGUGUGUGUGUGUGUGUGUAUGUAUAUGUGUAUAUAUAUAUGUGUGUGUGUGUGUGUGUGUGUAUAUAUAUAUAUAUAUAUAUAUAUAUAUAUAUAUAUAUAUAUAUAUAUAUAUAUAUAUAUAUAUAUAUAUAUAUAUAUAUAUAUAUAUAUAAUGUAUCUAUCUUCUUGGGUAUUAUGGCAUGUAACAAUAGCUGUACGCCAAGAAAGACUCAUCAUUUUAAAGUUUCUCGUCUCUUGGCAUAAUGGAACAAAUAUUUUUACCUUGUCUCCCUGCCCACAGGCGGCUAUGUUGAGGUUGUGUACAGUGGCGGCUCUAGACUUUAUGAGGCCUUAGGCGAAACUCAAACAAGAGGCCCCCCCACUAACACUCAUAGUAAAAAAAAACAUAUAGGGGUUGCAUCAUGUGUAUAAUGAGCUGUAGUUAUAUUGAAUGACAGGCUUGCAGCGCUGGAUACAGAGAGCUAGUCUCUGUAUUCACUGUUGGGGUGAGUGUGGCACGGUUGAAGGAGAAAGUGUGACAGGGCGAGGGGAGGUGAGAGUGACAGGAUGAGGAAGGGUUAUGUGACAGUGUGAGUGUGGCGUGGCUUGGCAGGAUGAGUGACAGGAUAGAAGUUAAUGUGAUAGGGUGAAGGGGGAUGAGUUUGACAGGGUUAUGGUUUAUGUGUUACACGGCUGGAGGAGGGAGUUUGACAAGGCGAGGGAAAGUGAGCCGGAUAGGAUUAUGUGACAUGGUGAGUGUGGCAUGGUUGGGCAUGAGUGAAAGGGUUAAUGUGAAAAAGGAUGAGUGUGACAGGGUUGGGGGUGAGUGUGACAGUAUGAGAGAAAAUGAGUGUGAUAGGAUUAGUUGGAUUAAUGUGAUAGGGUAAGUGUAGAAGAGCAAGGGCCGGUAAUUGUGGUAUGGAUGGAGAGGGUGAGAGCGACAAGAUUAGGAGAGGUUAAUGUGAGCAAGGCUGGGUGAAGGGGGCAUGACAGCAUGUGGGGGGGUGACAGUGUGGGUGGUGGCUGCAUGUGUGUGGAAUUGUGACGUUGGAAAGGGUGACAGUGUGUGCAGGGGCAGUGUGUGGGAGGGGUGUAUGUGUACCACUGUAUGUAUUGGUGACAAUGUUGGGGGCUGACAAUAUGGGGUGCGUGUGUGAAAGGGUAACAGGGUGAGAGAGCAGUGUGGAGGAAUGUGACAGUUUUGGGGGCAGGGUGUGAGUGGGUGACAGUGAGGAGGAAGAUGACAGUGUGGGGUGACAGUGUGGGGGGACAGGGUGUGUUACAGUGUGGGGGGGCAACGUGUGUGGGACACAGUGUAGAGGGGACAGGGUGUAUGACAGUGUAGGAGGGCAGGGUGUGUGACCGUGUGGGUGGCAGAGUGUGUGGUGGAGCAGGGUGUGUGACAGUGGGAAUUUAGUGUGAGAAACUGUGUGGGGGCAGAGUGUGUGGGGCAGGGUAUGUGGUGGUCAAUGUGUGGGACAGUGUCUAUGGUGGUCAGUGUGAUGGUUAGUGUGGGGGGCAGUGUAUGUGGUGGUUAGUGUGGGGGCAGUGUAUGUGGUGGUCAGAGAGGGGGAAGGAUAUAUAGGGGCAGUGUAUGUGGUAGUCAGUGUGGGGGGUAGUGUAUGUGGUGGUCAUCCGUGUGGGGGGCAGUAUAUGUGACUGGCAGGGCAGUGUGGGGGCAGGGUAUGUGGGUGAGGGCACAGUGGUGUAUCCUGGUUUUGUGCUGCCCUAGGCAGGACAGAAACUCAAGCCAACCCACCUUCUAAAUUGUCUAACACACUGUCAGACACACACACACACACACACACACACACACACACAGUCAGACACACAGUCAGUCAGACACACACACACACACACACACACACACAGUCAGACAGAGACACACACACACACAGUCAGACAGACACACAGUCAGACACACACACACAAUCACUCACAUUAACACUUUUUUAUUAUUUAGCACCCCCUUACCUUUGGGAAUGCUGGGGGGUUCUCUAUCUCCCUGGGGGUCCAGUGGCUUUUGGGCGGGCUACUGGCCGGGUUGAUGAUGUCAUAUUCCGGCUCCAAGCCUCACUCUGCAGCGCGCGAGGGAGCUGAGCAGACCGCUCAGAGGAAGUGCUCCCUCGCCAGCCGUCCGCCGGACCAUCAGCCAGCAAUUUUUUUAUUUUAUUUUUUAUUUUUUUAUUUAUUUAUUUUAUUUUAUUUUUUUAUUAUUUUUUUUUGCCCCCUGAAAAAUGCCACCCAAGGCAAAUGCCUUGUUUGCCUCUCGGCUAAUACGUCCCUGGCAGGGUAUGUGGGAGGCAGUGCAGUGUAUGUGGGUGGACAGUGGGGGUGGGAGGGCAAUGUUGGGGCAGUGUGAGUGGGAGGGCAAGUGUGGGGAGUGUAGUGGGAGGGCAAAGUGUGUGGGAGGGCAAGUGUUGGGGAGUGUGAGUGUGGGAGGCAGUGUUGGGGCAGUGAGGGUGGGAGGGCAGUGCAGUGGGGACAGUGGGGACAGUGAGGGUGGGAGGGCAGUGUGGGGCAGUGAGGGUGGGAGGGCAGUGUUGGGGAGUGUUGGGGCAGUGAGGGUGGGAGGGCAGUGUUGGGGGCAGUGAGGGUGGGAGGGCAGUGUUGGGGCAGUGAGGGUGGGAGGGCAGUGAGGGGUGGGAGGCAGUGUUGGGGGCAGUGAGGGUGGGUGGGCAGUGUUGGGGACAGUGUGUGUGGAGGCUGUGACAAGCCUCCACACACUAAAAUACUCUGUUUUGUAAUAGAAGUCCCUGGUGGUCCAGUGGCAGCAGUCCCUGGUGGUCCGGUGGGAUGACUUCCGUCUGCAGCUCCGCGAGAGCUGCAGACCUUGUUCUCGCAAGCGCCUGUCAGAGCGUUGCCGUGGUAACCCGCUGCAACGCUCUGUAAGCCCGCGAGAACCACAUUAUGUGAUCUGCAGCUCUGCACUCGGCAGAGCUGCAGAUCAGAGGCUGGCUCUCCCUGUGGGCAGACCGUGUGGAGGGGCCACCCGGCGGCAUACUGGGCAAGCCGCCGGGCCACCUCUCACUGUCGGGUCCUCGGUCAUUGACCGAGGACCCGACAGUUCAGUCUGCCCUAAGGCGAUUUAGGCAGCCGCGAGGCCCCAGCAAGCGUGAGGCCUUAGGCGGCCGCCUAAAUCGCCUAAUUAGAGAGCCACCUCUGGUUGUGUAACAUUAAGUAUUGUGUCUCUAGAAGAUGUAUAAAAUCCAUUAUUUAAGGUGCAAUAUGCAUUGACCUACAGUCUCGUCUAAUUUAUAUGCAAGAGAUAAGAGGCAUGGAUCUCUUCUGGCUUGCAACUCUUUAGUGCAGCCUAGUUAGAGGAUCAGUUCGUCUUUUCCACCCAGCUGAACCAUAUUACAGUGGAGGAAAGCUGCCGACUUCUUGAACAAAUAAUCAAGGAACCUGGCACCUGGACACAACCCCUGGGCUCUUGUAAAUUGGCUGUGCAUUGCACUUGUUAUUGGCAUCACAGAAUCUUAAAACAUAAAUAUGGCUGUUGCUAAAUUAGAAGGGUGAAUAUAUGGAUUGCUUCAUUUUUCUUUCAUGCAUGAUGGCUUUCCUUUCACAGUGUUGUCUUGCACUCAUGUUACUAGAGAACAUGACACACAUUAAUGAAAUCUGUUUGAAAUUUUAAUAAUGGCUCUUUGUAUCUAAACUAAUGCUUAUAAAUGGGUUUUAUUAGGUUUUUACAAAGUGUACAUUUGGCAGUUUCUAGUGUGUGGUUUUUUGUGGAGGGGUGGGUUAACAAGCUUGUAAUCUUUUAUGAUAUUAAAAGUUCAACCUUACUUGCCCACCUGUAAAAACAGGUUUUAAAUUUAAUAAAACUGAGUGGAUCCGCCAGUAACACAUUUACAAACUGAGGCUCUCUAACAUUUGAUAUUAUAAAGCUGUGACUUUUUUUAUUUUAAUGUUUAUUCUCACAUCUCUCAAGAAAAAUCCCAAUACAAUAUCACAUUCUCAUAGAUAUUAUGAUGGUCAAAUUUUGCAUACAUUACAACAUACAAUGUGAGAAGUGUUUUUUUUUUUUUUUGCUAACAAUUGUUAAAAUAUCAGCUGAGUAUAUAGAUAUUGUGCUAAAUUAAAUAAAGAGAAAAUAAAAGUAAACUGGUAUAUGGCGGUGAGUACAUAAGUAAGUGGAGGCAUAUAAUUAGGGAAUGGAGGAAGGCACAUAUGAGGGCCCCAUGAAAUAGACCGGGGAUCCAUAUAGCUGUCCCAGCUCAAGGAAACAAGUGCCAUUCAGUUAGUUCAGUUUUGCUGCACAAGAUUGCAUCCUGUUUUUAGAGAAACACAAGAAAUAAAAUUUCAUAUUGACACAAAUGUUUACUUCCUUUGGAAAACCUCAUCCUGUAAUUGACUUUCACAAAAAUAACCCAUUCUGUCAGACUGUGGGACAAGUACAAGUUUCAGUUUAAAGGGACAAUAUAGUCACCCAGACCACUUCAGCUCAAUGAAGUGGUCUGGGUGCCAGGUCCCUCAGGUUUAAACCCUGCAGAUGCAAACUUUACAUUGCAGGGUUAAGCCAGCCUCUAGUGGCUGUCUUCUGGACAGCCACUAGAGGUGCAUCUGCGAUGCUGGAAGCAUAUUAUGCCUCCAUCGCGCAUAGCGUCCAUAGGAAAGCAUUGAGAAAUGCUUUCCUAUUGACCGCAUGAAGCUUGAAUGCGCACAUGCGUAAUCGGCUCCGCUGACGUCGGCAGAGCGAGCUGAUGACGGCGGGGGAGCGCGGCGCUGGAAUAAGGUAAGCUGCUGAAGGGGUUUUAACCAGGGCACUAUAGUGUCAGGAAAACCACUUUGUUUUCCUGACACUUUAGUGAUCCUUUAAUAACCCAAUAUACAAUCGUCCAUUUGCAGUAAAAGGCAUUUUUUCAUACAAUCAAAAUUAGUCAUCUGAUUUUGAUCUUCCUGCUGAUGCUGCUAAUGAGAAUGUUUUGGUCUUCAGAGCAAGACUAACACAUUGAGAUCUAUAUUGAAGAAAGUUGGUCUUGGGAACUAUACAGGUUCUAAAAUGUCAUUAAACAAACAUUAUAGUGUUAGGAAUACAAAUGCUAUAAUGUUCCUCUGCCCUAAAGUUGUCUGCCCAUCUCCGGUGUUGAAAGGGUUAAAUAACACUUUAAACACUUAUCUCUUUCCAGCGCUGAGGCCACCUCCUCCAAUGUUGGCAAUGGGGAGAACCUAAUAUACAUGAGUGGCAAGGGCCACCCGCGUAUUAGGCCUUCCUCAUACUAAAUAAUUGAAUCUGUGCUUUCCUGUGGGGGAUUGGAAGACACUGUAUGUUCUCAUGCAAAGCGUGAGGAUGUCCAGUGUUGUUUCACAGAGUUAAACUCAGUAAAAGGCUAGAAAGUGCUUCUAGUAGCAGCCACUAGAGGCAGUCUUAAAGGAACACUAUAGUGUUAAUUAGAUGGGCCCUCUUAGAUCGCAUGGGAAAGGUGUUUUUUUUUUUUUUUAUUGCUCUUUUUUCCAAAGUGGAGAUACUGCACAGUGUGGAUCACUGGAUUAGGAAGCACCUCUAAUUGCCAUCAGUUGACUGCCACUAGAGGUGUUCCUAAUCUGCAAUGUAAACCCUGUCAUUUUGCUGAUAAGGCAGAGAUUGCAGUGUUCAGCCUGCAGGGACAUGCUGUAGCCACCAAAACUACUACAUUAAAGGGACACUUUAGUCACCAAAAUAAUUUUAGUGUAUAGAUCAUGACUCUGAUGUCUCUCUGCUUAAUUCCCUGCCAUUUAGACAUUAAAUCACGUUUUUGUUUAUGCAGCCCAAGCCAUACCUCUCCUGGCUGUGACUGCAUGAAAACAAAAUGGUUUCAUUAUCAAUCAAAUGUAACUUACUUUAAAAGUUUUUAUCUACUGCCCUGUAAACUGAACUUUAAUGAUAUACAGGAGGCUCUCAUGGUCUAGAAAGCUAUUAACAGAGCAGGAGAGAAGGUAUUCUAAAUUAAACAGAGUUUACUGUCCCAAGAGCAGGAGGAGAUGGGUAAGAGAACCCAAAAAUCUCAGGUGCACAUACCCCAGGAAACACAGGAUAUUGGCACGUUGUUCCAACACACACCCAUGUACGGGGAGCUGGUGCAGAUAGUCUGAGGCCUACAACCCUCAGGAGAAGGGAGGGAUGAAUGAGGACACCCACAGCAGGACACCAAACGGCAAAUACCCUAGCCAGCCUAGUACCUGCAACAAAACAGGACAUUGAUGAUCUCUUUUUAAAAAAUACAUCAGCUGUUUCCAGCCGACAUAGCCGCGGUGUGGACUGAAGUACAGGCGGUCACCAACCGCGUCUAGACCUCAGAAAAAUGACAUAGCCGACCUGCAACACCACCUCACAGCAGUGGGGGACUCAGUCAAAAAGCUACAGGCGCACCACUCCGCCUUGUCGCUGAGAAUAGAUGCACUGGAUGAAAGAUCCUGCUAGAAAAACUUAAAGAUCAGGGGUGUCUCAGACACCGUGACUACGGAAAAGCUACUGUACUUCAAUAGGCGACUGUAGACUUCAUUACCCCAAGCCAAGCAAUUCACAAAUGACACAAAAUGAGCUUACCGUGUCGCCAAAUUUCAUAAGGCACCGCUCACAGCCCCAAAGGACAUAAUUCUACGCUGCAGGACAAGAUGAGACAAACAAACUUUGAGAGAUGCUCAAAAUAAGUCACAUAUAGACUUUGAGUCUCUCAAGAUCUCAAAUUGUUUUUUUUCUUUUUUUUUCCAAGACCUACACCGCUCCACUUUUUUAUGGAGGAAAAAGGUUGAAACCCAUCACACAACAGCUUCAGGUGGCAGGAAUACCAUAAAGAUGGAAUACUCCUAGAUCCCUUAUGGUCACCAAAGAAGGCAAGCAAACUAAAGCCACUGACGUGGUGGAGGCCACCACCUUCUUGGCAGCGAUUGGAAUAGGAGACAAACCACGAGAGCGGAGGGCUCAAGCCACCUAGAGCACAUGGGAUAUGGACAAUAUCACCCCUUUCACCCCACGAAACGGACAAGAAGCCGUGCCAUAAUAUAUCACGAUUCAUGUUUAUCUCUUGCUCCUCUUUAAUCUAAUCUCCCCUCUUCUGAAUUCCUGCUCUUCACCUGUUCGAAAUUCCAGAAAAAGACUGUGCUUAAAAUAAAACACACACAAGCGACCGUUCUAUCAGAGCCCACUGACAGCUAGAAUUUCAUAUCAACUCCCGCCCUCGAGGUCCCCACUGGUUAAGGGCCUGACCUCCACAAACCAAGGUGUAUCCAAGCGCCUUUGUGAUGGAAUUUCGGUGAAAUGUAAAUAUAGUAGGCCGAGAUUUCCACGUGGUAUAUGUGUAUGUUGUAUCAGUUAAUUAGUUACACGUAGCUAAGAUACUGUCACGAAUGUACUGAGCAUGUGCAGGAACUGAAAUCACAUUCCUUUCUCCUUUGUUUCGGAUGAGCCAUGUGGUUGUGAGGAACUGACUCUGCUGGGUUUCGAACCCUGGUUUACAUUGUGCUAAACCUCUUCCUUACAGUACACCAGCCUGCCUUUUGCAAAUUUACCUGAGAUCUGAUACCAUUGCUUGUAGAGUCAAGGUUAUCAGUGACAACUCUCUUCAGCUGUGUCUGGUCAGGUGUCUGGUUCUUGGCCUAUAAAAGCCACUUCCUGUCUCUGUACCUUUGCCAGAUUAUUGUGGUUCCUGUACUCUCUAAUCAAGCGUGUUCCUGUUUCUCCUUCCUGUUGCUGAAUUUGGACUGUUUUGACUUUGCUGCUUCUCCUUCCCACUGACCUCGGCUUGCCUCACUACGAUUAUCAUCUUUCUGUUCCAGUCUCCCAUCUCUGCUUAAGACCAGAAGGCCACUCAAGGCUCAGGGGCUCAACCACCUGGGUAACGAGUGGCUACCUCUGGCAGAAAACAUUGCUGAUCUGACAACUGGAUUCCAAAACUUUGUAACGUCAAUAUCAUUACAGUGGUCUGCCCAUAGAAGGAAAUCCAAAUCCUGUCCACCGAUUGGUUAAGGGUAUGUGCGGGUGGAGCUAUUAUAGUUCUAUAAAAAGCAUGUACUCCAUGUGUUCGGCCCUCAGACCUGUCUUGGAACGUUAGUUCAUCUGAGACCCGAUCGGUAUGUUAAUAAAGACCUCUUACUUCCUGAAAACCUGCAUCCAUCUCUCUGUGUCUGGCUUCUGCAAGUUUACUCGGUUACACCUUGACAUAGCACACUGUCUUUAGACCACCAUGUUGAAAUACUAGGUAACCGUUCCUACCUCACUGGUUUUCUAUGUUUUACUAUGGUUUUAUAGUAUGUUUUUGCGACUACAUGGUCAGUACACAUCCUAGGACAACCUGACUGGCUAUUUACAUCCGACUACGAGUCACUCUCGGGCACUGUUCACCAGAUGACAUACUGACGUAAGAACCUGUUGUGUGAGGCAUGCUUUCUAUUUUUAUACGACCUAGUCCAAUAUAACAAAAAUAUAGGUGAUCGUAACGUAUCUACAAUGUUAGGAGAAUGUAACCAUCAUGAACCAAGCAUGUAAACUUUUUAUUGCAUGUGUUCUAAUGCUUCAACUGCAAAAAUCGUAAAAAUAUAAAUAGUAAACAAUUUGCAAUAAAGGAAGUGUAAACAUUAGCUGACUCUUUUUUACAGGAAGUGUUUAGUAAUUAAGCUUGUGUAAGUCACAUGCAGAAAGAUGUGCCUAGGAUUAUAUAGACAAAGUGAUUAAACGCCUAAAUGACAGAUAAUUGAGACUGCAGGGGCAUGAUCUAUGCACCAAAACUAGUCCCAUAAGCUAAAGUUUUUUUGGUGACUAUAGUGUCCCUUUAAACUGUAGUGAUUCUGGUGACUAUAGUGUCCUUUUAACCCUGCAAUGUAAACAUUGCAGUUCAAUGAAACUGCAAUGUUUACAUUGCAGGGCAAAGGGAACAGGUACACUGCACCCAGACCACUUCAAUGACAUGAAGUGGUCUGGGUGCCUAUUGUGUCCCUUUAAUGCAGGGGUGGGGAACAUCUGCCCUUCCCGGGCUGGUGGAGAGAUCAAAGAUCUACCUCACCGGUCUCCCGGUAUUUUUUUCAAGGUAGUGGGGGGAGAUAGCUAGGACCCGGGAGCCUGCUGGAUAGGAGGAGGACCCGGUAGCGUUGCAGGGUGUUACCAUGGCAACGCUCUGACAGCGCAGUGCUCAGGGGAAGAAAAUAGUGCAGUCUGCCUGCAAAGGAGCUGCAGGCUAUGGUGCACGAGAAACCACUGAACCACCAGGGCUUGCAGUGAUAUGUACUCUCCUUCAGAAGUGAGAAGGAGGGGGUGGUGAAUAUAUAUAUAUUUUUUUUUUUAAUUUUUUUUUUUAUGGAGGGGGAAAAAAAAUAAUAAUAAAAAAAUAUAUAUAAUAUAAUUUUCUCCCUGAUCCCUCCCCCCCACACCACAAUAUAGACCCCUGACACACACUACACCAUCUCACACACAUAUGGCACCCCUCACACACUGAAUUGCUCACACAAACACACUGCACCUCCUCACGCAAACACACACACACACACACACUGUACCCCUCUGACUCACACACACGCUGCGAGUAGCAACGUCCUCAAUAUCAGCAAACAUCACAACCGAGAGAAGCAGUCCCGCCAUCACAUUAGGAGUGCGUUAAUUAAAUUUUUACCAAAUACAGCAUGCUAAUUUUUAAGUUAAUCAUUUUGUAUGGCUUGCAAAUGAUUGUUUUAAAUAUCCAAAUGGCCUUGGCAGAUAAAAGGUUCCCCACCCUUGCUUUAAUGGAUCGUUCAAUUUCUUUGUAAUUUAAUAUCUUUUUUUCUAAAAAUAUACUUUGUUAUUGACGCCAAGAAUAUUUUAGGUCAAUCUGCCUGAUGUCCAUAUUCUGAUCAGUUUAUUAAUUUUCCCAAAUAUCAAAGGACAACUAUAGGUACCCAGACAAAUUUAGCUCAAUGAAGUGAGCUGGGUGUCAGGUCCAUCUAGGGUUAACCCUGCAGCUGUAAACAUGGCAGUUUCUAUGAAACUGCUAUGUUUACAUUAGGGUUAAUCCAGCAUCGAGUGACGGUCUCCUUGACAGCCGCUAGAGGCGCUUGCACGCUUCUCACUGAAAAUCACAGUGAGAAGACGCUGGAUGUCCAAAGGGAAGCAUUGAGUAAUGCUUUCCUAUGGACUGAUGGAAUGUGGCUCUUGCUGCGCGCGCUCAUUCAGCGCUGACAUUGGAAGAGGGAGAAGAGUUCCCCAGUGCUGAGGGAGUCUGGCGCUGGAGAAAGGUAAGAGCUUAAUCCCUUCCUCCCCCUUCAGCCCAGCGGGAGGGGGGCCCUGAGGGUGGAGUUUGUUUUCCUGGCGCUAUAGUGGUCCUUUAAUGAGUUUACUUUUGUAGGCAUUAUUAAAAAUGUAGGAGUAAAUAAGGAUUGUUUCUAAAGCAAAACACACAGCAUUUAUGCAUCUGGAGUAAUUAUGUAAUUUUUAACAACAUUGACUUUUUAUUUUGUCAAUCUGUUGUAGCCAAAGUUCAUUUGUUUUUCCUUCUUCAAACAAAUGUUUAUUUUAAAAUUUUUAAAUAUUUUCUAUUUUAAUAGAAUUAUAGUUUGAAAACUCAUAUUUAUUUUUUUCAUAGGAUUAUAGUGAUUUUUUUUGGACGAACUAAUCACAAUAAAGAGAAGGCUGCACAGUAUCCACAUGGUGCAAUGAGAGCAAUUACAUACUUCUCCAUCAUUGUGGUUUAUUAUUGCAAUUUUGUACUGUGAUGCAUAUAUUUUCCUUAAAGUUCCAUUCUUAAAAGAUCCAGGAUGUCACAAUAAUUUUUUGUGUUUAAUAAUUAAUUAUGAUGCAACAACGUAAUUUAUGCUUUUCAAAGGUGCUGUAUGAUCCGUAGAGGACUCAGUUGAUUGGUCCUGAUAACCCCUUAAACAUCAUUCAUUAAGGGAGCCAGGUGCAUUUCUACAUAUAUCCUUAUAGUGGAGUGGUGGUUGUGUUUUUUUUUUUUUUUCUUCUUCUUCUCCUUUCUGAAGAGGUUGAGUCACUGAUACUAUUUUAGACGUUCGUUGGCUCAGUGGUUGAUUAUAGUGUUGAAAUAAAAAGUUGACCUUUUUAUGGCUGCCAAAAACUCAAAUUACAUUUCUUGUUUUGGGAACAAGAGAAAAUUUAUGAGCAAUAUCUUAAUGGCUAAAUUGAUGCUCCCCAUUAUGUAUGGUGUGUUUUGAAUCCUGCAAAUAAAAAAUAAAAAAAAAUAAAAAAAUGUGUACAUUAGAAUAGCAGGAUCAUAUUUUUGUUUUAUUUUUUAAUUGUGGAGUAUGAAAAUGUAGCCGCUACAGGGGGAUAGGAAGUACAAAGAUGGGGGAAAGAAAGGGUGAAAACAUUUGUAGUCUGGAUGGAUUCCAAGCAUCUCUAUGAGGAGAUGUUGGUUGACCAGCAAGGUGUUUGGCUCCGCCCACUCACCCCGCAUCCUUGGCCGAGGUCAACAUAAUUGAUGAUCUUAGCCAUUCCAAUGUUUUCCUGCAAGAAAGCAUUUGAUUGGCUGAGUUUCAGUUUUGUUGAUGUCAGCCAAGGAGGCUGAUCCAGUACAGGGCCAUAGGGUGGAAAUAAGGCGAAUUUUCUAUAUAUUUAUCAGGUCAAGGGGGAGCCAGGAGGCUAAAUAGUGUUUUUAACACUAUAAGGUCGGGAAUACUCCCAUAGAAGGAGCAAUAAACCCAAACUUGGAAUGUCCAUAGAGGCAUGGAUCCGAUUAAAAAUUAGAUAUAUGCGCUUGAUGCCACAAUAUGCUAGGAUUGUAGGCGUAUCCUGAAGCAGCACUCCCAAGCCUUCUAAUUAGUUAAAUGUAAUUUGGGGCCGCUAUGAAGGUGGGACAACUGUAGACACUAUAACAUCUUCAAAUGAAUGAAGUUGUUAUAGUGAAUACUGUGUUCAUUUAAUGAUUGUCUGUGCAACUUUUAUCUGAAAGAUUUUUUUUUUUUUUUUGGUUUUCAAAAUGGAGCAAUAAUAUAUUUUAAAGGAGCACUAUAGUGUCGAACACAAACCUAUAUUCCUGAUCCUAUAGUGUUAAAACCACCAUCUUGCACCUCCCCCCCCAAUAUAGUAAACUCUUACUUGGAUUUAGGUCUGCAGUUGCUACCCGUUUUACCUUCCUAAGGGCAAUGUACAAAAGUAAGGCUGAUGUACAGUGGGUAGGGGGCUGUGAGGUGGGGGCAUCUGAAUGGUGGGUAGGGGGCUGUAAAAAGGUAAAUACCUUUCAGUGUCCUCUUGGUCUGGUGGGCAGCUUCCCAGUAAUGUGCGUGGGGGCGGAGCUUGUGGCCGGGAGGCAGAGCUUCCAUUUGGGGGCAGGGCAUGCAACUGAAAUGAUUUUAGACUGUGCAGGGAGACUGACAGGUCUCCCUGCGGCCGCUGGCAGCCAUACCAGCCCCCAGCUCCUCCAUCCUCAAUCCCCUCGGACUGACAGGCUGGCACAGUCCGAGGGGAGGAUUUAUCAGAAUGAUCAUUAGGUCUGUCAGCCCAGCCCCACCUGGGCCAGUCCGGCCCUGCCACCCACUCUCUCAAACUGAGGAUUUAGCCGCCGAAAUCCCUACCGCCCACCUGCAAUUCUGAAACGCCCACUAGUAGGCGGUAGGGACCAGGUUGACGACCCAUGGCUUAGGUAUUUUCUGUGACUACAAAAUAAAUGCAUAGUGUAGGAUUAAUGCUAAUCAGAGUCUUGUGAGAGCUCACUUCAGACUUUGUUUGACCUGAGGGUUAUGCUGCACUUGCUGUUUGACAUGUAGAACCCGCAAUGUACAAAGAGCUGUAUAUUGUAGAAGCCAGAAACACUUAUUGGUUUACAGGGGUAGGUGCAGGUCAUGAAUAAAGUCCAUUGGCACAAUAUCAUACCUUUCUAGACUUUCAUUGUUCUAAGGAUGAUUUGGGCAUUACCCAAGGGUUUAAAUUACCUGGAUUAGUGAACUGAAUGGCUUUGCUUUUACCUUCUGUGGCAUCAUAAAACAAAACGGCUUUGAGACUUUUAUCUUGUUAUAGUCCGGAUUACAGCACUAAAUAGGAAUAGUUGUUUGAGUAAAGCUGUGUUAAUUUCUACACCGCAGUUUUUCGGAUACUUAUUCAUAAAGGUAACCUUACCCUAUAUGUGGGAAAUAUGAUUUUCCUGAAUCUCUGGUUUUGUCAGUAUGUUUUAAAAAAAAUCUAUCCAUCAGGUGCUAUGGAAGGAUAAAGGUAUAGCAGAACCAAAAGGUUUUGAGAGGUUUUACGUACGUAGAAAAGGAGAUGCUGUUUUGCACUUUAGUAUUUAGUAUCUAAUAUCUCCCUAAAUUGCACUAUUUAAAACGGUUUGUUUUUGAAUCGUGCCAAUUUCUGUUAAAAUCUGAACUUUUUGUAAAAUGAAAAAUGAGGACACACUUAAGUUGGGCAAAAGUGAACUAGGAGAUGAUAAUGAUAUACAGGAAAAGUCUAACCAUUUAUAUUUCUGAUAUUCUGCCCAAGGGGGCUGCAGACCAGGCCACUGAAAUCUGGAAUAGAGCGAGGUAUCAUUAGGGCCUCUCUAUUCCAGUACUGCUUCCGUUAACUCGGGAAGGGCAUCUGCAGGUCAAAUGAAAAUAUAUCGCAGGUUGGUAAGCCUUGUAGGUCAACCCCUGCUGUAGGUGCAUGAUGCUUUCACUAUAGGUUUAGAUCCAUUGAUGAAGUAAGUGAUAUUCACUUUUAUGAAACCGGUAGAGAGCUGGCUGAAAUUGCUCUAGUGGUGUAUGCAAUAUUUAUUAGUGUGGUGGAUUGCUUUUUAAAAAAUCAGAUAUUUGAAUAAGUUCUAUUUUAAUGGUGAAAAAAAAUUUUUACUAUACAUUUUCAGUCAUUUUUAAAAUGGGGACAUUUGUAGGAGCAUGGGGUUCAUGAAAGGUCAGGGUUAAUAGGCAAGGGUAAUCGGUAUAUGUACACAAUUAAUAACCCAUUUAUUAUUAUUAUUAUGUAUUACAUAUUUCCUACAAAAGCAGAUUUGGAGAAAAUAACAUCUAAAACCUUUUUAUUUAUUUUUUGGUUUUAGGAAUUUGCAUGCUCCUUUUGCGACAUUAGGUUUGGUAAAGAGUAGUGGGAUUUUUAUAUUAAAACCAUAGUAUGCAUUUAUCAAAAGUGAAUAUAUGUUAAACUUUAGGUGACUGCUUGCAGGCUUUUCAAACUCUGGUCCAAAAUAUGUUUCUGAAUGACAACUCCCAUGAUUCUCAUCAACAUCUGAGGGGCAAGAGUAUGAGUUGAGAUCCUUUCUUUUUAUUGGAUGUACAAAGUUAACUCUGUCAGUUCCAGAUUGGAAUGAUACAUUGGCUUUAUACCUUCUGCCACUUAGAAGGUUAAAUAGACUCUGUAGGCACCAAAACAACUUUAUUUUAAUGAAACAGUUUUGGUGUAUAGAUCAUGCAAUCCCCUGCAGUCUCAUUGCUAAGUUCUAUUCCAUUUUAGGAAUGAAAUUACUUUGUUUAUGCAGCCCUAGUCACACCUCUCUGCAUGUGACGUACACAGCCUUCCUAAACACUUCCUGUAAAGAGUCAUCUAAUAAAGACUUCCAUUAUUGCAAAUUCCAUUACAUUUAGAAUUUCUUAUCUCUUUCUCUGAAAAGUGUGCUAAACCCUGCAGGAGCCUCCUGUAUGUAAUAAAAGUUCAAUUUAUAGAGUAGAAGAUGAAGACUUUUAAAGGAAGUUACAUCUGAUUGGAAAUGAAACAAUAUUGUUUUCAUGCAGGCUGUGUCAGUCACAGCCAAAGUAGGUGUUACUCGGGCUUCAUAUACAGAAACAGAAGUGAUUUAACUCCUAAAUGGCAGAAAAUAAAGUAGUGAGACUGCAAGGACAUGAUCAGUACACUAAAACUGCUUCAUUAAGCUAAAGAUGUUUUGAUGCCCUAGUGUUCCUUUUAUUGUACAUCUGUGCAGAGAGUAUAGAUUGCGUCCCCUGUGGCAUUCCUAACACCGUACACUGUAAUUUGUAAAUGAUGUGAAGUGUCUUGGAUUUCAGUUAUACAAGUGUUGGUUCACAGCAAAAUACAGUUUCACGAUCAAUGGUAUCUUAUCAUAGCAUAUCUGAUAAUAUCUGAAAUUGUUUUAAAUAACUCUGCAUGCCAAGUUAUUGUCAAACUGAAAUGCUAAGAUAAUGUUUUGAUUUAUUUAUUUAUUUUUUUGCCAUCCCAAUGCUGCACUAACAGCAAUUACAGAUUAGUUCUGCCUCCCAGCUCGGAUGUAGGAACAUAAUCUCUCCAUCGCAUUGAUCCUAUUUGUGUUUAUUGCUUAACUAAUGCGAUGUAGCUGGCAAGUAUUCUGGAUUUCUGUUUAUAGGCUAUGGCCCAUUAGUCUUGCAAAAUGUAUUUGUAUGGGAUACUUCUCCUGCCAGGGCUUGCCUACCUGAAUAUAGUGUUUGGGUUUUAUCAAUGUACUGCUAGGCCAUGAAUGUAGCUCUUCUUACAGGAGAAAUUUAAGAGAACUGCACAAUAUCGGGUUAGAUUGCAAUCACUGCUACCCUGUACAUUGCAUCAUAUUUUAAAAUGAUGAACAUGGGUGGAUUGCCAGCAAAAGACAGAGAACUGUAUAUCGCCAAAAGGCCCUAGAUCUGCUGGGACAUUAAACUGUCUGUCUUUGUUCUUGACCCAGGACGGUUGGAAAGUAAGCUGACAGUUGACCCAUGACAGUUGGAAGAGAAGUAGUUAUCAAUUAUAAUUAAAGGAAUAACCAUAUAUGGUGCUGUGAGGGCAAUGUUCCCCUACCAUUGCUAGUAAUCAAACCGUGUUAGAACCGUUUGACUUCUUGACUUCUUAACUGGGAUCUGCCGGGUGCCGUUUCCUGCCUCUCUGCAGAGCCGGAAGGUCCUCUAUAAGAGCUUCUGUUGACUCUCCUGAGCUGGGCACUGCAGUACAGGGUCGGCUCAUUCAGGAAGAACGUGAGCUGAUCACUCUCAGCCAGUGAGGUAAGCUGUACAGCUCCAAACGUUCUAAAACUGAUUGUCUACUUACAUGGAGGGUUAAGAACUCUUUGUUCAGUUACCCAAUUCCAGCGCUGUUGUCCCUCUCCUCCUACGUCAACCGACUGAGGGACCUAGAGCGUGGCAAGUGCAUUAGGCCCUCCCUCUAAAGCCUCUAGUGGCUGUCUCAUUGAAAAUCACAGUGAGAAGACGCCAGUGUCCAUAGGAAAGCAUUAUGAAUGCUUUCCUAUGAGACUGGCUGAAUGCGCGCACAGCUCCUGCCGCGCAUGCGCAUUCAGCCGAAGAGGAGGAUCGGAGGCGGAGAGCUCUCUGCCCGGCGCUGGAGAAAAGGGAAGUUUAACCCCUUUCCUUGCCAUCCAGCCCGAGUAUGUUUUCCUGGCACUAUAGUGGUCCUUUAAUGCUUUCCUAUGGGGAUUUCACGGGCGCUGGAUGUCUUCAUUCAGAGCGUGAGGACAUCAGCUUCAUUUAGUCCACUAAACUCCCAGAAGUGCGUUUUAGUGGCUAGACAACCACUAGAGAUGGUCUUGGUACUGCUGCGGUUUUAGAGAGGCUGCAAUGUUUACAUUGCAGUACUAAGACAGUCUCUAGUGGCUGUCUACAGUGCCCUGUUUUACAUUGUAGGACUAAAAAGGGGGGGUGGGGGGGGGGAAAGGACAGUGAAACUACACUUAGACCACUUCAAUGAGAUGAAAGAUGAAGUGGUCUGGGUGCCUAUUGUGUCCCAUUAAAGGGUUAGUAAGCGCAUAACCACUUUUCAUUACUGCAAACUGCAUAAUGCUGAGGGUUCCCGGAGCACAGUCACUUCUGGUAGUACUGGCUUAUAGUUGUCUCCCAGCAACUGCAGGCACACCCACUAAUUAGUACAUGUUCUGAAGAUCUUUCAGUGUACCCUAUGUUGUCAUAGGGUAUGAAAUUUAACAUUUGUGAAAGUUCAGGCUUUGGCAUUACAAAAUAUCGGUGGGUGACUUCAUGGAAUAGGAGAUUUAAUGCUUUUUCCUCUAGUCCCACAGACAUGGUAACAUAUUUUAUUUUACAACAUACAGAUUUGUGGAGCAUACAAAGAUGUGUUAAGAUACUGUUUAUUGUAGUCAUCAGUUUCUUUGAGAUAUUAAUGUAUUCAGCACUAUCUUCCAUGGCUAGGUAUAAUGACUAUACAGAAUGAAUGAGAUUGCAGAGACUGGAUAUGUUUCUAGUAUGUGAUGUUGGAUAAAAAGUCACAAUCCUAAGGCAUCUAGCCUUUUAUCAAGCAAAAUGCGCAGGAGACAUUUGAUAUACCAGCCAGAUCACCUGUACUUCUUGAACGAGAUCUAUAAAAUCCAAAAAUUAAAAGCAAAAAUCAGUCCAUAACAUGUUUAUUUAUGUAAAGCAGUUUGAAUUAUUUUUUUUUAACUUUAAUUUGCUUGUGAAGUGCAAAUCCACAAAACAGUAGUUUUAGUAAGAUUGCUUACAAAUGGGAAAAAAUGCUUUGCUUUUAAUGCUCAUAGUAAAAAACAAAAAAAACUUAGUGUUUUUCCAACCAUUUUUCAUUAAAGGACCACUAUAGUGCCCUGAGGGUGCCCCCUCCCGCCAGGCUCUAGGGGGUGGAAGGGGUUAAACUGACCUUUCUCCAACGCUGGGCGGGGGACUCUACUCCUCCUCAGCUGAAUGCGCAUGCGUGGCAAGAGCCGUGCGCGCAUUCAGCCAGUCCAUAGGAAAGCAUUCAAUGAGACAGCCACUAGAGGCUGGAUUAACUCUAUUAUAAACAUUCUCUGAAACUGCUAUGUUUAUAGAAAAAAGGGUUAAACCUAUCUGGACCUGGCAUCCAGACCACUUCAUUAAGCUGAAGUGGUCUGGGUGCCUAUAGUGGUCCUUUUAAAGCAUGCACUCUGAGCCAGGGAGGGAGUUUUGUGAUGAACAAGGGAGAGAGUAAGGGGAUUUAAACGGUUACUCCAACCACCAUGACCACUUCAGUGAUUUGUAGUAGUUAUGGUGGUAGGAAUCUGUAGAGAAAUCUGCACUUGUGUGCCGUGGCCUAGUUACACCCCUGUCAUACGUGACUUCGGCAGCCCGGAACACUGUUCCGGACUGUGGAAUUCAAAUUAUGUACUUAAAAUGCGUUCUUUGUCAGCACACUGCCAUCGGAUGUAUAGAGCUUCUGCCUUGCAGGCAAUGCCUUCAAGGGGAAGCAUUUUUCUCCCUUCCUCCUCUCCCUGUCACACAAUAAAAUCAAUGUUGCUUAUAAUUUUAUUUAUUUAAAAAAAAAAAAUUCCACCCCACUCCGUUUCCAUAAAAUACAUCCAAAUAGGGUUAUCUUUAUUACCAAUUGACAUUGUCAACACCAUUAAGUAGGAGAAUACCCUAACUUUAUUUAUAAAAUAUUUUACCAGGAAAGAUACAUUUGAGAUUUCUCUCAUUUCAAGUAUGUCCUGGGUCCACAAAACAUUGCAUUGAUACAAUAGGGUACAAUAAAAUACAAAAACCAUAUUAAUACACAAUAUAUAUAAAAUUUGACAUAGAAAAGUAGGAAAUAUAUACUCAAUUUUCAAGGGAGCCUUGUCUCAUAUUUAGACAUUUCACUUUAUUUCUGAUUCUUAUUAUGAGUCACUUUCCUGAGACCCUAAGUAAAUCACAUGGUUGUGUGUGUAUAAAUGAUUGGAGGUCCUAAAUGAUAAUGGGGAAUCCACUAAGUCUCCACCCAUUAGCGGCGGUUGGAGGCCCUAAGUGAUAAGGGGGACUUAUUGUAUUCCCCUCUACCCCCACCUAUUGGCGGCUAAUUGUAAAAGUAACUACACCCACCAUUGUCUAGACUAGGGAACUUUAGUUCUCUUACAUUGUAAGACUAAGUCCUCCUUUUGCUUUAGGGUUCUUUGUCUGUCUUUGGUACUAUGCAUCAGCAGGAGGAUCAGACAGGACAAAAUUAGGUUUUCGUUAUGUUGAUGGUGUCUUCGUUUUCUUUUCUUUCUUUUUUUUUAUUCAUUUUUCUUUUCUUUUUUAUUUAUAUAUUUUUAUUUGGAGGGGAGGCGGCUCCCUGUUCUUGUGUAUUGGCAAGAGAGGUUCUCAAUACUUCACAUGCUCUUGACAUAUAUAUAUAUAUAUAUAUAUAUAUAUAUAUAUAUAUAUAUAUAUAUAUAUAUAUAUAUAUAUAUAUAUAUAUAUAUAUAUAUAUAUAUAUUUUCCCCCAUGGCUUUGAAAUUUCCAGAAAUAAUAUAUCUCUAGACAGGCAUCUUGACAAAACCCUUCAUUUCCACAACAAUAAACGCUAUUCUAAACACAGUUUUCUUUCUUUUUUUUUUUUUUUCUUUUUUUAUAUUUGAUCCAAGCAUAGUUAUAAUCCAAGAGGAGAAAAAAAAAAAAACCACACACAUACACUGUGUGUACUUCAUAUAUAUUUCUGAACAUACAGUAAUAUGGAGAUACAGAGGUUUUGUCAUCCCCGUGCUGAACCUAAGAGUUAAUCUAAGCACAUUAUGAGAUUAUUCUUCCCUUGGUGUUUUUGUGUCACCUUGUCCAUGCUUAGUUUGUAAGACCAGUAUUAAAUCUGAUAUUGCUUGUCACUGUGAACUCUACAUCCCUGUAUGUCAGUAGCACACAAAAGAUAGAAUGGAUCUUUUCUGUUGUUGGAAAUUGCACACUCACGAUUCUGUUUGGGGAAGAGCUAUAAAGUUACUAGAAAGGAUGUUAUUUUUUUAUUAUUUUUCUUGUUCGUCUAACAUUUGCUUCACUGGUUUAACUGGAAUUUCCAGGUCAUAAGAUUGUACAUGACUCUGAUCACGUGACUGUGUCACAGUCCUUGGGCAAUAACUAAAUCACAGGGCUUUUGUUAAACAUUGCUUUACAGUUUCACUGCAUUCUGAAGAAAAUUAAACUCAUUUCACUUCACAGUACUAUAUAUAAACAUACCUGACCAAUCAUACAUUAGGCUAAUGGAGUUCAUUAUUUAGGAAAAGAACAUUUAUGGAGGGGAAAAAAAAUAGGAAUUAGACUCUUUAAAGGGACACUAUAUGCACCCAGACCACUUCAUCUCAAUAAAGUUGCUUGUUUGUAGUGGGCCUGGUUUAUUACUCCUGCAAUGUAAUUGCUUUUUUGAAGAUAUGACUGUGUACAUUACAGGGCUAAACACUCCUUUGUGGCUGUCUCUCUGACUAGCAAUCGAUAGUCCCUCAGUUCCCACAAUGAAGUCGAUAUCCCCAGGCAUUUAAUAUGGAUGUCGAAAGUCCUCUGAUGCUUCUUAAAUAGAAAAGCAUUUGAUUUGCACAUUGCAUGCGACUCAUGAGUAUUAAGUCCACAAAGUUUAUAUUUGAGAAACCUUGGAUUGGACAAGCCUGAUGACGUCAGUGGAAGCUGAUGAGACUGCAGAGUGUUUCAGAUCUGGAUUCCAGGUGAGGAACGGGUCAAUUUAUUUAUCCUAUUACACUCAAAGUGGGGCAUAGAAUACAGAAGACCCCUCCCUAAUAAUUUGGGGCAAUAAAAUUAUAAUGUUAUGGAUUAUUAUAUAGUGCUACUUUAAGCAUGUCCGAACUAUCUGUGAGAUCAGCAUUUGGUAAGCUGUUCCUACGUUUACAAAAAUGAGUCACAUUUUGAACAACCUGACAACCUCAUAAUGAGACCUUCGUUUUAGGUGGUAUGGAACGGACAUUCUGCACUCAAGUUGAGCAGGUUUUGCAAAUUGGAGUCAUUACUGCAAUUUAGAUUAUUAGGAGGCUACUUUACAAUGGUAAUUAUGGACAGCAAUUGCGCAUAAGUGAAUACUUCUUUUUACAUAUUGCCAAGGCAUAUAUUAUUAACCCCUUAAGGAUAGAGGCAAUUGUACAAGUUCUGAUCAAAACAAAACCUUUAAUUUGCGCUAUAUGUCUGUUCAACUGUUAUUCACCUCUUUCAUAUCAAGUUCACCCACACCUACUAUAUAUCAUUUUGUUUAGGAAAAACAGGGCUUUCAUGUCGCAUCAAAUAUUUAUAUAUGAAACAAUUUUAAUCUGAAUAAAAUCUAAAAAAGUUUGAUAGUAUAUUUUGUUUUGUUUAGUUCUGCAUGGCAUUUUAAAGGACCACUAUAGGCACCCAGACCACUUCAGCACCAUCUAGGGUUAACCCUGUAGCUGUAAACAUAGAAGUUUCAGGGAAACUGCUAUGUUUACAUUAGGGUUAAUCCAGCCUCUAGUAACUGUCUCAUUGACAGCCGCUAGAGGUGCUUCCGCGCUUCUCACUGUGAUUUUCACAGUGAGAAGACGCUGCUGUCCAUAGGAAAGCACUGAGAAAUGCUUUCCUUUGAACUGAUUGAAUGCGCACACGGCUCUUGCCGCGCAUGCGCAUUCGGCCGAUGAUGUCGGAAGAGCUAGGAGAGUCUCCAGCGCAGAGGUAGCGCUCCCCCUUCAGCCCCGCAGGAGUGGGACCCAGAGGGUGGAGGGGACCCCAAGACCCUAUAGAGCCAGGAAAACGUGUUUGUUUUCCUGGCACUAUAGUGGUUCUUUAACUUUGAAUGUCAUAAUACUGUUAACCUUUACUGGAAUAAAACACACAUUUGUAUUCCGUGAUGUAUCAGGAGUACAACAGUUCCUCCCACCCCACCCCACCCCAUGUACAGGUUUUAUGGGGUUUUGGAAAAUUACAUGGUCAAAUAUAGGGUUUUUACACAUUGAAAUUUGCCAGAUUGAUUAUGUUGCCUAUGAGAACGUAUGGCAGCCCAUGAAUGAGAUUUACCCCCAUCUUGGUAUACGAUUUGCAAAAGUAGACAACCCAGGGUAUUCAAAUGGGGUAUGUCCAGUCUUUUUUAGUAGCAACUUAGUCACAAACACUGGCCAAGUUAGCGUACAUAUUUAUUUUUUGCAAAAAAAAUGCCCUUUUACACAUUAUAUCAUCCGCAUUAUACAUUUUUGUAUCACUCUAAAACACUCAUAUUUGUAUUCAGCAAUGACUCACGAGUACAACAGUACCCCAGAUGUCAAACUUUUAUAGUUUUAUUUAUUUUAUAAGUUACAGGGUCAAACAUAAGGCUUGCUUAUCUACACCAAAGUUGGUAUUCAUAUUUGUUCUUUUGUAUUUUUCACACAGAAACUUUACUUUCACAGAUAGAGAUAGAGAUAUAUAUAUAUUCUGUGUGUAUAUGUAAAAUUUAAUUCUAAAUGUAUGUUGAUAUUAAAAUAUGCACUAAGAAUUUUAUAUAUAUAUAUAUAUAUAUAUUUACUUUUAUUAAAUAAAAUUGUUUUUAGAAUGUGUGUAAUUGUUUUAACUUUUUCCAAGCAUUAGGGACUAAGGACUGCCUGGACAGCUAUUCUGUCCAGGCAGAAUAUCGCACGCAGGGGUACUGCCUGGUUGCCAGGCAGUCCCUCUGAAUCGGAGUAUCGAUGUUUGCUGCGCCAGGUAAGUAUGGAGGCACGGAAUACAAAUAUGGAUUCUUAACGCAAUUGAGCCGUGACUAGGGCACCGUUCCGCGGCAAAUAAAUGGCUUAUUAACCAUUUAUUUGCUUACCUUAAUCCAGUUCUGGGCUCCCUCGGCACUGGUGACCUCACUUCCUCCAUCGACGUCCGCUUCCGAGUGGAGCUGCAUGCGCGGCCAGAGGCGCGCACAUUCAAAUCCGCCCAUAGGAAAGCUACUGAAUGCUUUCCUAUGGGGAUCUUUUUUGACACUGGACUCCGUGAGGACGUCCAGCGUCAAAUAAGUGUGAUUUACUCCGUGUAAAUUGCGGAAGCGUCCUUCAGUGGCUGUGAGGGAGACAGCCACUAGAGGCUGGAUAACCCUGCAGUGUAAACUAUGUUUUCACCUGCAGGGAUAAAACUAGGGGAACCUGGCACCCAGACCACUUCAUUGAGCUGAAGUGGUUUGGGUGCCUACAGUGGUCCUUUACAUUUGAAUUCACUUUAAAUUCUCACUUUAGUAAAUAUCCAUUUCCCAUCUUAGAACAGAGUGCCUCUGUCUUGACUCCUUGCCAAACUAAACUUUUCUCUUUUCUGUCAAUUAAAAAUGGCUUCUGCACCGGUGACCUUUCAGAAACAUUGGAUAUAUCAAAGUGAUAUGAAAAGUCUUUUAUUUUGGGUUUCUAAUACUUAUUAAAAUGUUCUAAAAAGUGUCCACUUUUCUCUGUCUAAAUUCUGCAACUUUUUUGCAGAAAAGUCCAUGUCAGAAAAGAUCACCAAACUGAAAGUGGUGUGUAAAAGAUGUUGGAAAAGUGAUGGAAAGAUUGAUAAAUCUGUUGCAUUGGAAUUAAAAAUGACAGAAGCAAUAGCUAAAAAAACAAAACAAAACUGAUUUAAAAAAUUGUGCACGCAGUUCUAGAAAUCUGCCAAAUCAUUACACUUUUUACUCUGAAAAAUAGAGCAGAUGUGUUGUGUGAAAAGUUUGCAAGGUAAUUUACAGACCUAUAAACACAAACACAUUAAAUGUGUGAGACUCCAAAGCUUGUGUAAUUUCAUUCAUAAAGUGUCGCGCUUGAUUAGGGCAUAUGGCCUAGUCAAGUGUAUUCAACCUUGAGUAGUUUAACAACCCCCAUAAAAAAAAAAGGAUUUUAUGCCAUAUUUGGAAAAAUCUAAUAAAAAGCAAACCAACAAAAAAACGUUUAGAUCAGCGUAGGUUGUGAGAGAUGUGAUAAGAGAGUUCUCUGUAACACCUUGUUAGCUUUAUUUGAAUGGUGCUGGAGUAGGUUUGCAUGAUAACAGUCUGCAGAAUGUGUUUUUUUGUUUGUUUUUUUGACACAGUUUGGCAUCUCUAAAGCCACUCUGACAACAUCUGCGGUCUUUGCAGACUAUAGACUGGCAUGGCAUCAUGGCAAUUUACUUUCUAGAACAUCUAGGGACCUACCAUUAGGCCAGUCCUAUUCUAGAGUUUGAUGAACUGACGAUGGAAUCCAACAUUUUUGAUAAAAUGCCUGAUUUUGAAUUAUUUUUGGAUUUUCUGGUAUGUUUCAAAUUCCUUUACUAAUGCGCCUCAAAUUACUGCUUAAUAAACUCAUAUGCCAGUUAUUUUGAAUUAAAAGAAAAAAAAAAAGCUAUAGGAAAUGGCUGCAAAUUUAGUCUUUAAACAAACAAGCAAAUAAAUAAAUAAAAAUGGAAGCAUGAAAUUGACCAAUAAAUCAUUACACGGCCUAAGACCUAAUUUACAUACUAUGUGAUGUGCACAGAAAAAAGGAAAGCAGGAAACCACAUGUUCAUAUCCAUGUUUUGUGCAAUAGACUGAUCCAUGCAGUCUGCUUAGUAUAAACGAUUUACAGAAUGGUAUGGCAAAACACCUUAUACUACAAUUAGCAAUGCAAUUGAAUGGAACAUAUGGGAUAUCUGAAUAUCUUUUUUUGCAGUUAAUCCAGUAUGGCUAUCAGAAAAAGUGGAGUAUUAACACACCAUAAUCUGUGAGUUUAAGUUUUUUUGUAUAGAUGAAACAGAGCCGUUCCUAACUAGGAAUCCUUUGACACGCCAGAUGUUGUGGACUAUCCUUGGAUGAUUAUAGGAGAUGUGAUCCGUAAGGGUGCCUACCCUUGUAAUAUGUAAAAAUAAAUGUAAUCUAAAACCUUUAAUUGUAUACAUUUAGAACAAAAACAAAUUUAAAAAAACUAAAACGAAUUCAAUUAAAAUUGAAAUUUCUGUAGCAUUUUUCAAAAUGUUUUUGUUUCAGCCUUUUCUUUUUAUAUAAAGUUUAGUGUAAACUAGCAUUUAAAAAUAUAAUAAUAUUAAUAUAGCAGAAUUAGAACUUUGUUCCCUUUAAAAGAAUAAUCCGUACCAAACCAACAGCCAAAAGCUAAUUUUAAUCAUUUUUACAUGAUGGCAAAAAUGCAUUUACUGGCAUACCGAACUAAACCUGUUUUUCAGGCUUUCAUGACUACGGUAUCAUUUUUGGGGACUUUGUAGCCAAAUAAAUAAGGAGUGUUUCACUGGUGUUGGCUUGUUGCUUUUCUAGAAUGUCUGUGUUGCAUUUAUUAUUUUGUUACAUUACAACAGUUCACAAGACUUAGUUCAUAAAUUUGGACUUGACUAAUUUCAUGUAGUCUAGGCAUUAGUGCAAAAAUGUAGUAUGAUGAGAUUUUUUUGCUUGUGUGCAUCACAAUUAGUAUAAUUUAGAUAUCCCCCCUCCCCAAAGCACUGUUUUCAUGGUAAGUCUGUGCCCACCUCACACAACUCUAUAUCCUACUGCCCAUUCAGAUUGCACUGACAUUUUUGGUCCAUUAUCCACUUCAGAACAUUCUUCUAAAGUAACACAUUUGUUUAUAUAGAUUUGUAGGACUAUGACGAUCUAUACAUUUUCUAGCAAUUCUACUAGCGCAAUGCAUAGAUUAUUUUUAAUAUGCUAAUGUACUUUUUUUUUAUUUUUAUUUUUUAUAGUUUUAUUAUUACAGGUACAUUUUAAACAUUGAUAGCUAGUUUAUGCAUUCACUAGGUUAAACAAAACCUGCUGGAAUAAAAGGCAACUCUGCAUGUCUGCCUAACUGAUCAGAGAUUAUACAUGAAUCUUUUUCUAUAAUGCAACUGUGAAUACAUGAAAGGGUGGCAACAGAUAAUUUGACUCUUGCUUUGACUUCUGUGAGAUGAGUUAUUGAUCUAUAGUAAAUAGUCUGCUUAGGCUGUAUUGAGUUCAUGUAAUUGAUCCUCAAGCUUUGGCACCCUCUGGCCUUCCUGACUGGUUAUUUGUGUGAUGACAGUUGUUAGCUUGCAGUUGUUCACUAGAAUACUAUGUAAGAUACCUGUGAAAAAAAUUAGCCUGAAGCAGGACUGAUAAUUAUUAUUUCUAUAGCUCUAACAUAUUCCACAGCACUUUAAAUCAAAUCUCUGAUUUUUUUCAGGUAUGUAACAGAGAAUUCUAGUGAACAACUGCAAGCUAAUAACGGUCAUCAGUUCUACGAUAUAGUGUUAAAGGACCACUAUAGGCAUCCAGACCACUGCAGCUCAAUGAAGUGGUCUGGCUGCCAGGUCCCCCUAGUUUCAACCCUGCAGCUGAAAACAUAGCAGUUUCUCCCUGACAGCCACUAAAGGCCGCUUCCGCGAUUUACACAGAGUAAAUCACACUUAUUUGACGCUGGAUGUCCUCACAGAGUCCAGUGUAAAAAAAGAUUCCCAUAGGAAAGCAUUGAGUAAUACUUUCCAAUGGGUGGGUUUGAAUGCGCCCGCCUCUGGCCGUGCAUGCGCAUUUGGCUCCACUCGGGAGCUGACGUCGAUGGAGGAGGAGAGGUCACCAGUGCCGUAGAAGCCCGGCGCUGGAUUAAGGUAAACAAAUACCAUUUAAGUGACUAGCGCUAUAUAGCGUUAGGAAUGCAUAUUUGUAUUCCUAACGCUACAGUGUUCCUUUAAGCCUACCACUACGUCACCACUGGCAUACUGGUAGGAUUAAUAUGAUAUGGCUAUAUGGUGGAACUUAAUCCCUUUAUUUGGGAGAUAGAUGAUUAAGUAGCCUUGUAAAAUUUUAAAACCUUAUUUUUGUUUGUGCGCAGUUCCUUAAUCUGUAUUUUGUAUCCCACUAUUACCAAGGCUGGAGGGUGCCCAAACUGGAGGAUCAGCUAUGUGAACGCAAAUGGCCUAAGCAGACUAUUUAUGUACCCUAGAUCAAUAUAAUGUGAACACAAUGCAAUAGGUGCCUUCUCUGCAGGUGCACGUAUACCCUUAUGAUAAUGUGGCGGUAGGCUUAACACAAUAUGACUAUUAUCGUAGAACUGAAUCCCCAUAUUUGUUUGCUGAGAGAGUUGAUUUUAAAGGGACACUAUAGUCACCUGGGCAACUACAGAUUUUAGUUGUUCUGCUGAGUUUUAGACAGUCCCUGUAGACUUUUGCAUUCAAACACGGUCUUUUCAGAGAAACUACGGUGCUUACACUAUGCCUAGGGACACUUCCAGUGGCCACUAGAGCUGCUUCCAUGGGAAGUGCUGCACAGCAUGCAGCCCUGCCAUUCACAAUCUCCACGUUCUGCAUGGAGACACUGAACUUUCCUCAUAGAGAUGCAUUGGUGGUGAUUAACCAGGGCUGUCUUUGGCUUGUGCUGGCUCUGCCCCUGAUCUGCCUUCUUGACAGUAUCAGCCAAUCCUAUGAGAAAGCAUAGUGUUGGGCUUUGUAUAACACUCCUGAUGAUGUCCGCAAAGCAGGCAGAUCAGUGGCUGGGCCAGCAACAGCAAACUCAAAUAAAAGUAAGAUUUUGUUAUAUUUAGAGGGGGAGGAGGCAGGGGGGCUAGACUGUGCUUUUAAUACUAUAGGGUCAGGAAUACAUGUUUGUUUUCCUGGCCCUAUUGUGUUCCUUUAAGUCAACUUAUCUCAUUCAAAAGUUAUAGGUUUGAUUGAAAUAGUUGCCUCACUCUGCAGGCUGAAAAAAGCAAGCAAAAAUUUAUUUUUCCAUGUUAACCUGAUUCUUCUUUCUUAUGGUCACCACACCCACUGUAGAUGGGACUCCUAAUCUAACCAAUUAGUCCUAUCCCAAGGUCUGCACUGGGCAUGCAUAACAUGCCUACACAUGUGCAGGGUUAAGACCACUUUACCUUGCAGCAUUCUGACAGAGGGAGUCUAAUCAGUGUGAUCAUGCAGAGUAGGAUGAGGUGUCCAGUUUCUCACUCCUGAGAAUGAGGUCUUGUUUCUGUCAUUAGUGGACUGGUGUAAACUGAGCUGGGUGGGUAAAGGGUGGAGGCUGAAGAAACUCCCCUGCCUGUGAGGUGUGCCCAAUAAUGCCAUUUGACCAACUUUAUAAUAAGUUUAAAAAUAUUUAUUAUAUACUUUUAAAAAUGUAUCUUGCUUUAUUUAUUUGGUUUGUAUAUUAAUUUUCAAAGUGUUUGCUGGUUUAUAAAAAAUAAUGUUUCAUGUUUAAUGUCAGCCCUGUGUUAAAUCACACAUAACCAAAUCCAGUGCAGUGCAUUACACAAAUCGUAAAACUAUAAUACACAAAUACAGAUAUAUGAUGUAGCUCAGUGAGUAAGAUUAGUAAAAUGUCAAACAAGUAGUGUACAGUAGCAAUGAGGCAGUAUUAUAACAGAUAUAACGUCAUCUGUUAUGCUAAUGUACUGAGGUAAAAGUGAUCAUGACAGGGGUCAAGUCCUGGGAAAAAGAGUGGGAACUCACCUACGAUCCAUCCCCCUCCCCCCGCACCCUACCAAAAAAAAUUAUACUCUUGCAUGUGUGUAUGUAUAUCUAUAUCUCUGGGUGAAGGUGUGACAGUGUGUGGGGGCUGAAAUGUGAUUGGGGAUGGUGAUAUUGUAUGGAGGGGGUGUGGUGGUGGCUGUGACUCUGUGCAAAUCAGUACUUCCUUGCCGCACGCCUGGAGCUUAGUUUGCCUCACAGGCAAACGAGUCCUGCAGGACUACUUACCGGAACAGCGUUCCUGCUGUGGAAAAAGUGCAGGAAUGCCGUUCCCAUGCGUUCCUGCAGGACUCGAGCGCUGGAUCAUAAACUGACAAGAAAUACAAACUAAGUAAUAGACUAAAAUCAGUGAUAAAGAAUCGCAUCACAGAAAAUACUAGUAUAAACUAGCAUGAAACAUUAUAAAAUGUAAAAUAUCUGUCAGGGUACAGUGUAGAAUGUUCACACAUAAGAGAAUUUUUCCUGUUAGGGGCCCACUGCAAAGGACAGAGGUAACAAUUGGUAUAUAAUCAGAACCAUAAACAAAAGGCUACAAAUACAGGAAACUGCACUGAAUGUCUCCAAAGGUUUUUGCUGGAGGCAGAACACUAAGCAGCAUCACAUCUUAUCAUGGUUGCAUGCUGUGCUUAUUUCCAUCCACUUUAACCCCUUAAGGACCAAACUUCUGGAAUAAAAGGGAAUCAUGACAUGUCACACGUCAUGUGUUCUUAAGGGGUUAAAGGAACACAAAGCUGUAAAGGGUUCAACAAUCCUUUAGUCACUUACCCGAUUCCUGUGGCCAUGUCCCUUGGCGCUGGGUAGCACUCAGAGUUUGAAGACUUCAAGUGUUGUUUCACUGAUUUAAACUCUCUGAAACUCCAUUAAGCACCUCUAGUAGCUAUCUGGUAGAGGUAUCCACUAAAGGCAGUCUUAGUACUGCAGUGUAAACAUUACAGUUUCUCUAAAACUGCAAUGUUUUACAUUGCAGGAUUAAGGGGUGUAGAGAUAAAGUGUUUUCUAGUUUGGGUGCCUAUAAGAGUGACUUAGAAUUUAUUUUGUUUUUUUAAAUUUUGUAAUAAUUGUUUAGCACUAAGCUUGUUGGACAGGAGUUUGUGGAAUGAAAAAAAAAAAGGCCCCAUAGACCAGAAAGCGGACCACCUUGCAUGAUUUUGUAAUGCUUUUUUUUUUGUCUUAAAAAUUUAAAUUUUACCCCGUAAUGUACUUUUGUGUUUUACUACUGUUGAAUUCAGUUCUGCUUGGAUUCUAAAGGUUAAAGGGAUCCUAUAGUGCCAAGAAAACAAACCCAUUUUAUUGGCACUAUAGGGUUAAUAGGUCCGCCCCUCCCGUGGGGCGCAAGGGGUUAAACCCCCUCAGCCACAUAACUGAAUCCAGCGCCGAUGUCAGCUGGCGGGGGACACCUAAUGUGCAUGCUUGGUAAUGGCCGCGCGAGCAUUUGACCUCCCCAUAGGAAAGCAUUAAUCAAUGCUUUCCUAUGGGGAAAAUCUGACGUGAGGACGUCCAGCGUCAGAUAACGGACCAAAAUUCAGUUUGGAUUCCAGAAGCGCCCCCUGUGGCUGUCUGGCAGACAGCCACUGGGGGCAGACUUAGAGCUGCAAUAUAAACUAAGUGCAAAAGGGUCACGGCACCCAGAAUACUUUUAAUUAGCUGAAGUGGUCUGGGUGCCUACAGUGUCCCUUUAAAUAAAGUUUGCAACAUAAAACAAUGUUUUACUUAUUCAGCCAUUAUACAUACAAUAGGUGGAGCACACAUCUGUUGAUUCUAAAAAAGAAAACAGAGCAUCAUAGUGUAAUAUGUACAAAUAGAAUAUAGUAAAUGGCAGUAGAGCGAUAUUACUCACAAGCCUAGAGCCAGUAUGACAUAUGGCUCUUAUGUGCAGCGCAGUGGGACUCUUAAUAGGAUGUCCCCAUCCUUCUUGGUAUUCCUUCUUGGGUAGUUGGAAGGUAGCAGAAGAAAGUCGCGAUAUUCCAAUAUACUUUCUCAAUAAGAAAACUUUAUUGUUGAUAAAAAAAAGGUAUCUGAUAAGUUGGAAAUAGAUUUUCCCAAUAAAAAUGCAAAAUAUAAAAAAAGUCUAUAAUAGACUGUUAUUGUCCAAAUAAAAGUCCAAAGUGUAGACUGUGUUUAUCCAAAACGCAUUUCGCCCUAUGGUGGGGGCUUCCUCAGUUGGUAUCGGUCAGUAUUGUGAGUGGGGGCCUCUCUGGCGUCUUUAUAUGAUAUAAGUUUCUUUUACUUCCGGGUUUUCUGUGUGUGGAACGCAUCAUGCGUUCCACCGCCGGCUUCAUGCGCGUCACUUCCGGUUUCUAUUCAUGGGACGCACCAAUGACGUCACUGGAACGCAUAGUGCCGAGUCUAUGCAUUCCACUGUAGAAGAGGCAGUUCUCUAUAUUGUCACACUGUUGUGAUAGAUAGAUAGAUAUAGAUAGAUAGAUAGAUAUAUAUAUAGAUAUAUAUAUAUAUAUAUAUAUAUAUAUAGCCUAAGCAGUAAUGUCAGCACAUACAACACAUUGCAUAUUAUACAUAUAAAAUAAAAAUCCAUAGUGUGUACAGUUCUUCUCAUAGAGACCUGAAUAGGUGUACUGUAAAUUAUAAGGUGAUAUUAGUGACAGUGAAUGUAUACCCACAUUCAUUGUGUUGUAUUAAAAGUGACAACUCGUAAAAUAAAAAAAAAUAUAUAAAAAUAUAAAAAAGUGGGGACGUGGAAAUCAAAAAAUAUGAAACAAGCUAUAAAAAGGGCUGGAACCUAAACAUAUUAAAAUUAAAUAAAAUGGCAAAUCUCAAAGUCUGAAUUAAGACCAUGGGGAAUCAAAGUAUUAAAAUUAAAAAUAAAUUUCAUCUCUUCGGAGCCUAUUUUUUUUAAUAUAAUCUCCACCUCUCCAAUCCUUUUUUACUAUUUUUUUAUGGGCAAAAGAAGAGGUGUUCUGGGUUAAGAUUGUGAUGAGUUUUUUAAAAUGAUUAGAAACACUGUGGGUUUCUAAACCUUUUUUGAUGUUUCGAACAUGUUCUGAUAUCCAAACAUUUAAAUUUGUAAUGGUCCUACCUAUAUAUAAUAAAUCGUAGGGACAUUUCAGUAAAUAAAUGACUCCUUUUGAGAAGCAGGUUAAUUGAUCUUUUAAAAUGAAAUCAAUCUUCGUAUGUUCAUUGAGAUUCUUUAUAUGCCUUUUAGGACUUCUUGUUGUUCUACAGGCUAAGCAUGUCCCACACCCAAAAAAACCUUUACUUUGGUUUAAGAAAUGUGGUGUAUUUUUGGAUGGGCCCUCACUACUAUGAACUAAGGAUCUUUUUAAGUUAGCUGCACCUCUAUAGAUAAUUUUCAGUCUUGUUGGUAAUAAGUUCUUUAGAAUAGGAUCUCUCUGUAGCAUAUACUAAUGUUUGUUAAUAACUCAAUUGAUUUUUUUUAUUAUUCCCGUUAAAAUUACAUAUGAAAUGGGCUUCAUUCUUAUUUAGGUUAGAAUUUCUUUGUUGUUUGUAAGUUAAUAGUUGUUCUCUAGGGGUGUCUUGAAUUUAUUUCAUGGCUCCAGUUAAUUUGAUCUCUUCAUAGCCCUUUUCUAAAAAUUGUUUCUUUAUGAUGUCCGCCUGGUUUAUGUAAUCCUGUUCAUUCGUACAAUUCCGUCGAAUUCGUAAAAAACUGACCCUUGGGGGCAUUCUCUAGCCAGGGUUUAUGAUGACAACUCUUUUUUUCUAUAUAUCCAUUGGCAUCUACUGGCAUAAAAAUUUUUUUGUUUUUUAAUUUGUUGGUUCUCAAUAAAAAUUUGGAGAUCUAAAAAGUUUAUAGUAGUAGAGCUUUGUGUGCUAGUAAGAACAAUUCCCCAUUCGUUGGAUGACAAAAAAGCUAAAACAUAUGUAAAAGAUCAUAUGGACCAUUCCAGAUAAGAAAAAUAUCAUCUAUGUACAGUCGAUAGGUCACCAAAUUCGACACCCAGGGAUGCUCCAAAAAAAUAAAAAUCUCCUUCCAAUAUGCCAUAAACAGAUUGGCAUAACUGGGUUCGAAUUUGGUGCCCAUCGCCGUACCCCUAAUCUGGAGAUAAAACGUAUUCUGGAACCAAAAAAAAUUGUUGGUUAGAAUUUGGUAAAUAACUUCCAAUAUAAAAUCCCUUUGUUCAAUUUCAAAAUUAGCUUUAGUUAGGAAGUGUUUCACUGCUUCCAAACCCACUUCAUGCGGAAUUAUACUGUACAAUGACGUGACCUCACUUGUCACUAAUAAAUAGUUAUCUUCCCAUUCAAUGGUACUUAGAAGUUGUAAUAUGUGUAUAGUAUCUUUCAAGUACGCUGGGUUUUUCAAUACUAUUGGUUGUAGCAGUAAGUCAAUGUACUCAAAGACUCUAGAAGAGAUGGAAUCUAUCCCAGAUAUGAUCGGACGCCCUGGGAGAUUUUUUAGGUCUUUAUGAACUUUGGGAAGAUAAUAAAACACUGGAAUUUUGGGAUAGGGGAUUGAUAAAUAUUCUCCUUCUUUUUUUGUUAAUAUACCCUUAUCUAUACCUUUUUGUAUGUAUUUGUCAAAUAUAUCUUUCACUUUACUAGUUGGAUCUGAUUUUAGUUUUUUAUAGGUAUUUUCGUCGGAGAGAAUUCUCUCAUACUCUUUUAAAUAUUGUGCUUUAGAGAAAAUUACUAUCCCUCCUCCUUUAUCCACUGAUUUGAUAACUAAAUUUUAUUUUUUUUGUAUUUUUUUAAAAGUAUUUUGUUCUUUCACCGACAUAUUGUCUUGAUAUUUAUUUAAUUUUUUUAUUUUAUUUAUUUCCGCCAUAACUGUGGUUUCAAAAGCUCUCAUUUCAUUUGAGAUCAGAUUUUUUGGAAAAAAUUUAGACCUUUCUUUUAAAUCUGUAUGUAUAAAGUUGGAUUCAUUUUCCUGAUCCUGUCUUGUUUGUAUCCUAUUUUCCCCAUCGUGAAAGAAUUUCUUUAAACAUAAUUUUCUUAAAAAUUUGUUCAUAUCAAUGAAUAAUUCAAAUUUGUUUAUUUCCUGUGUGGGCGCAAAUUUUAAACCUUUUUUUAGGACUUUCAGUUCCUCAUUCGUUAGGAUAUGAUCAGUAAGGUUGAAAUUCCCAUCUGAGUUUAUUUCUUCCCUCUUUUUUCUUUGUUUCCUAUCUCUUCCUCUUCUGUUUCGUAGUCUAUUGAUCUCUGGCGUUUGCCUGGGGAUUCCCACAAUGGAGGUUUCUCUUGCCAUUUGAGUCUCUCCUGAAUUGGUUCCCUCAAAAAAAACCGAGGAUGAAGAUGCUUGUGAUGUUUUGUGAUCUUCUGGUAUUCUUUCCCUAGUUCGUGUAGAUCUUGUUGUGUCAUCAUGAUGUUUAAUUUCCUUAUCAUUCCUUCUUUGUUCUCUAGUUUGGUAAAUUCCAGAGCAGGGAUGAAGAUGAUUAUUUUCUAUAGUUCCUGUAUCUGUGUUGUUUCUUUUGGUCGGUUCGGGGGAACAUCUCUUCUCUUUUUCAUAUUCUCUACCUUCUCUUUGUCUAUGUGGGGGCAUUCUCUUUGUUCUGCUUGGGCUGCAUUUAUAUGGAGACCUUCUAUCAUGGUUGUUUGGGCCCUGUUUCACUACAUCACUGUAACUUCUAUUUUGAUUGUUAAAUCUGUUAUAGGGAUGUCUAUAUGUAGUCUGAGGUAGUUCUUUUCUAGUAUACGUAUUCCUUCUUUGUGCUUCUCUAUAGGGUUUUAACUCUGAGUCAUCCCUAUGGUGAGUAUUAUAAUUUAUGUUUUUAUGUGAUCUUAAUUCUUCCUGGGUUCGCCACUGGUUAUUUUUAUAAUUGUGUUUAUUUGCAUUGGAGUGGGAACUUUUAGGGAAUCUUAUAUUUCCAGUUUUAUAGUCAUUGGUGUCUCUUAAGUAUUUCCUUUUUUUUUAUUUCAAUAGUAUCUUUCUCUACUUUCUCGACUUUGAUUUUGAUUUCCCUUAUUAUCUGAUUAAAUGUUUCAGGAUUAGUUGUCUCACUAAGCUGUUGUUUCCAUUGCGUAAUUUCCUCGUCUAUCUGUAUUAAGUUUUCUUCUCUUCUAGAUACAAUGUACCCUAUCAUACUGAAGGAGAAUCCUUCAAGGAGCUUAUUCCAUCCUGUCAUAAAACAAGAAUCUUCCCUAUCAAAAGUAGGGUCUUUUUCAAACCGAAGCCCUCUGGGUGUAAUUUGUUCUUUGACAUAUUUUUUGAGAGUGGCUAUUUCCCAUUUAAUUUUCAUUUCACGUAUCAAGGUUUUUUUUUCUAAAUUAUUUCUACUCUUUUCUGUAUUGAUAUAGCUUUUAUCACUAUUUGUAUCUGCCGUUGAGGCAAACAUGUGAUCUAUAUCUCUAAUUGUAUAGCUUCUGUCUUCUAAAUAGGACAUAAUGGAACAGUAGGUUUGAAUGUAGUAAUAUGUUAUAUAGAACUAAAGGAUGGAAUGGUUCUCUACUGUAUAUCAAAGGGGAUUUAACACAAUACAAAAUGUAAAAUAGUAGAAAUACAGUGAGUAAAAGUGUGUGGUAGCUAAAACAGCCACAGACCACCUAAGUGGAAACACCUUCUACCAUUUAUAUAGAAAUACAAACUGAGGAAGCCCCCACCAUAGGGCGAAACGCGUUUUGGAUACACACAGUCUACACUUUGGACUUUUAUUUGGACAAUAAGUCUAUUAUAGACUUUUUUUAUAUUUUGCAUUUUUAUUGGGAAAAUCUAUUUCCAACUUAUCAGAUACCUUUUUUUAUCAACAAUAAAGUUUUCUUAUUGGGAAAGUAUAUUGGAAUAUCGCGACUUUCUUCUGCUACCUUCCAACUACCCAAGAAGGAAUACCAAGAAGGAUGGGGACAUCCUAUUAAGAGUCCCACUGCGCUGCACAUAAGAGCCAUAUGUCAUACUGGCUCUAGGCUUGUGAGUAAUAUCGCUCUACUGCCAUUUACUAUAUUCUAUUUGUACAUAUUACACAUGAUGCUCUGUUUUCUUUUUUAGAAUCAACAGAUGUGUGCUCCACCUAUUGUAUUUAUUAUUUGUAUUUCUAUAUAAGUGGUAGAAGGGGUUUCCACAUAUGUGGUCUGUGGCUGUUUUAGCUACCACACACUUUUACUCACUGUAUUUCUACUAUUUUACAUUUUAUUCAGCCAUUAGGUGUCACUAUUUUCUGCAUUUAGGGAUCAUAUGCACACAGAAUAAAAGUGGUUAUCUUGAUAUUUUCUGUUGGUCAGCACCACAUUGUAGUUGAUUUAUGGAUCGAAAUAGCAUUGACAGGAUAUGACUUUCUAAAUAUCUUGCAUAUAGAGAACUGAUAAUUUUGUAAUUUUACCUUGAUGUGUUAAAAUAUUUUACAGCAGUAAAAGAAAAUAUUAUUUUAGCUCAAUGAUUAUAUAAAUUAUUGUGAUUUAUUAGAUAUGUUCUCGAUUGAGCUCCUAAACUGAUUUCCCAUGUUAUAUUCUAGGAUCAGAGUUACAGAGGUAUGUGUAUAUAAAAUUUCAAAAUAGAUGGAAAGUUGGAGUAUAUUUUUCAAUUUGAAAAUUAAAAAGGAGUUUCUUAUUGUUUUUCCUUAAUUUGAUCCUUUGCGUUUUGCUUGUUGUAGUGCCUCAUUUCUCUGAAUUAAAGUGAACUUCUCUCUAUUUUUCAGCUGCUAUUAUGUGGGCUGCAUGCUGUAACUGGCUCUGUCUAGAUUCUCAGCCAGAAGACACUAUUCCCAGUGGGAGAACUCAGGCUUCUUCAAACCCAAACGUCAGACCCCCCUCUACCAUUCCAAAUAUUACUUGUAGGGCUUGUGGCACACAGCUACCUAUCAGAAAGGUAAGAUCAGGAGACUGCUUUCCUCUUGUACCAUUUUAAUUAAUUGCAUUUUUCUUUUCAAUACCAACACUAUUUGGACUUGUGGCUGCCUAUGGGUUAAGCUUUUACAUUUCAAAGUAACUUAAUCACGAGUAAUUGUACAAUUAUUCUUGUUUUGUACAUUUACAUUCUGCAGCUGCCAUAAUAAGCAGGCAAACCUCCUUAAAGGGACACUAUAUAGUCACAAAAGCUUACUUUCCACCCUCAGGGGGAAAAGAGAGGGUGUCUAAUCAUGGUUAUCAUGCAGAACAGGCAUUGGUGUCCGUUUUUUCUUUACUGCUGCUGCAAAAUGAUCCCCUGUUUCUGUCAUUAGUGGACUAGUCUGAAAUUAAUAAAAUGUGUGGGGGGGACAGAAGAAACUUCCUUGGCUGAGAGUCAUGUUUAACAAUGCAGUCUAAGUUAUUACAUACUUUUCAAAUUGUUCUUGUUUUAUUUUGGUUUGUAUAAGUGUUUGCUUAUUAAAAUUUUUUUAUAGUGAUAAAUGCCCCUUUAAUUCCACUUUGCUGUAACCAUUUUACCUGCUCAUCAGUCACCUCUCAACAAGUAAACUUGGUCACAUAUUCCCUUCAAACACCAUUGGACGCUUCUGUAGGGCCAUUGUGCUGUAAACUUUAAACGUUUGCACUUGAUUAGGUUUAUUCCCUGCACAUCAAAUGGUACAAAGACAAAAAAGAGUGGCAAAAUUUAGUAAAAAACUGCCGAUCAAAAGGAAGCAAAACACAACAGCAAAGUAUAGGGGAUGUUAGAAAAUUGGUUAUAUCUUAGAGUUACUAUCCAUAUCAUCAAGCAGAUAAUAACAUUGGUUUGUGAGAGGUUUGCGUUUUAAUAUGUAAUAACAUUUUGGUUGGUAUAGAGAAUCGAGAGAAAAUGUACAUUCUGUAAUUUAUCUAGCCAGAAAGAUGCAGACAGCCCAAAGCAUGUCUUGGAUGGGCAAUUACAUUUUUUGAAACUUGUGUACAGAAUUUCUGACCGAAUAAACCUAUUUGAAUAGUGUCAUGAGAGUAAUGACAGAAGUUGUAGGAAGAAAAGGACCUCUACAGUUUUGUGUCUCACUGUAUAUUGUGCUCUACUUCAGACAAUUGUCUUUUAGGUUAAGCCUUGGAUCACCAGUAGGCAUUAUCCUAUUUGACAAUGUAAUAACCUCUUCCUUACAUUCUUAAGUUAAAGCGGCAUUGUCAUGCCGAACUUACCUUUCCCUAAUCGAUUCCUCUUCUCUCCCUCUGUCAGGAUCUGUUCUUCAUUUCUUCCUGUCUGCUAUAGUUUUCUUUAAAACAUAAGACAAAGUAGGGACUAUUUUGUCUUAUGGAGGUUUCCUACACCUGACCAUCUCUGACCAGCGGAGGAGCAAAGUCAUUGCUGCACAUUGUGUAGCACCUCUAGUGGCAGCCUGGGUGUUCUUAGGCAGUGUUAACAUUAAAAACCCUGCAUGGAAAUAAUAUACAGAGCAAUUUUCCCACAAUUCUUACUGUUCCUCCGUGAUCUCACGAUGCUUCCUGUCAGUAUUCCCGAACGUCCUGUCAUUCGGCAAAACUAUCGAAUUGCGUCCUAACAGAAUGAGAACAGUUUCUCCAUUCGUAUUAGGACGCAAUUCGGGACUUUAUUCGUAUCAGAAUUUCAUUCGAAUUAAUUAAAUUCCGAUUCGUGCCGCGGCUGCAUCUUGCAGCCGCUUAGUAGAUAACUCUCUAAUUCCCACGGUAUUAGGGAGCUAUCUACAAAAAGGCUGUAAGACCUAAAUAUUUUCUUUCAGACAAAUUUACGAAAUACCAAGUAAAGAUUACUUAGUAAAUUCUGCGGCAGAAUUUGUCUAGUAAACAAUGAGCAGCCUGUUGUGUGUGUGUGUGUGUGUGUGUGUGUGUGUGUGUAUAUAAAAAAACAAACAAACAAAAAAAAACCCUAGUGUCAGUGUCCACCCACCUGUGCCACGCGAGUGGGGGCUAUUAAACUGAAGGGGGGACUUAGCAUUCCACCCAGGAGCGAAAGGUGGGGGGCCUAAAUUACAAUAGGCCUCCCACCCUUUCUGACGAAUGAAUAGAUGAAAUUCGCGUUCGAAUGCCCAAGUGUUUAACUGGGCAUGCGUGGGAAUUUCACUGCGCGAUCUAGUGUGGGCAGAUGGUGUGACCCACAGGGACUUCAUCUACCCACACAAAGAUGGAGGUGCCAAGGACCUAGGUCCGAGCAGAAAAUAAAGAUUAAAAAAUAGGUGAGAUAGGGGCUUAGGGGCAUUUGAGGGAGAAUUUGAUGUAGUUGGGUUGGGUGGAGGGUUUAAAAAACAAACAAACAACUGGAUUCGGCCAUGACAGUGCCGCUUUAAAUGGACACUAGUCAUCAGAACAACUACUGCAUAAUAUAGUUGUUCUAGUAUGUAUAGUAUUUCCAUGCAGGGUUUUUAAUGUUAACACUGCCUAAGAACACCCAGGCUGCCACUAGAGGUGCUACACAAUUUGCAGCAAUGACAUUAAGUGUCUGCAAACACUUAGUGGAGGCGCUGAACGUUCCCUUUAGAGAUGCAUUGAUUCAAUGUAUCUCUAUAAGGUGAUGCGGUUUGGCACAAUGCAGCGUUUUACUGUGCAAUAGCCUCCCAAUGCUUUCCCAUGUGAAAGCAUUGGAUUUGCUAUGAUUGUUACAUUUUGAUUACCUCAGCCAUGGAGACAGCGCAAGCUGUGGCGAGACCCAAGCAAUGCUGGAAUAAAAGUACGUUUAUACCUUUUCAAUGGGGACAAGGCGUGGGGCAACCUAAAAUGUGUUUACCACUAUAGUAUUAGGAAUACAGUUUUGUAUUCCUGAAACUAUAGAUUUCCUUUAACCCCUUAAGGACCAAACUUCUGGAAUAACAAGGAAUCAUGACAUGUCACACAUGUCGUGUCCUUAAGGGGUUAAAGGAACACUAUAGCAUUAGGAAUACAAACAUGUAUUCCUAACGCUAUAGAGCCCUUGUUACCUAAAUGGUGACUAGGGACCCGUUCCACGGCGAAUAAAUGGUUAAUCAUUUAUUUGCUUACCUUAAUCCAGCGCCGGGCUCCCUCAGCACUGGUGACCUUUCCUCCUCUAUCGACGUCAGCUCCCAAGUGGAGACGAAUGCGCAUGCACGGCCAGAGGCGGGCGCGUUCAAACCCGCCUAUAGGAAAGCAUUACUCAAUGCUUUCCUAUUGGGAUCUUUUUUCACACUGGACUCCGUGAGGGCGUCAGAUAAGUUUGAUUUUCUCUGUUCUCUGAAACUGCUAUGUUUUCAGCUGCAAGGUUAAAACUAGGGGGACCUGGCACCCAGACCACUUAAUUGAGCUGAAGUGGUCUGGGUGCCUAUAGUGGUCCUUAAGGCCUGUGCUUAAUCCUCUUGAUAUAUUCCUGAUACGAAUAUUUUGAGAUGUUUCUAAUACGGCUUCUUCUCAAUGUGAUGCUCUUUCUACAAUCUACAUAGUAGUCGUAGCUCGUCUACUAUUCCCAGAUAUGAUUCUUUGCUUGAAAAGGCUCUCUAAUAAUCUGGUUCUCUAGAAUGCAUCUUCUCUGUACAAGUAACCUGUCUCUCCUAGAAUUCAUCCCUACUGAUUUGAUGGUAAUUCUCCCUAUGUUAUAGCUAUGUUAUAAAAUCAAUGUCUUUGUUAUUGGAGUAUUUGGAAGUUUUAAUGGAAUGUUUCCAAGCCCCAACCAUGACUUUCAGCAUGUUUAAAUUUUUAUCCUAUUCUGGAGAUGGUAUGUCGAUUUGGUUAGCUCCUAGAGUUUCUCAGAUAAUUGCCCAGGCUUAACAGUCUUUGACUGGCAUUCUGUUUUUUGCCUGGGUUCCAAGCCAGGAUCGUUGCACUGCUUUGCCUAAAAACUUAUCUUUGUGACUAAAUUCACUAUAGCAUGUCCACACUUAUUGUCCGCAUUUUAUUGUGGUUUCUCCAAGAUAAGGUCAACAUUUUUACCCAUCAUUACCUCAGCAUUUUUUUUUCUUUUUUAAAUCAGAUCCUUAUUCAAGUUAGAGGAAAAAUAGUAUAUUGAAUGCAAAGCUCUUUAAAUUUUAUAAUGUGAGAAUACCAAUUUAUUUAAAAAAAAAAUUUUUAUGUGUAUUUCAAAGAUUCUGUUUGAUAAAUGUGGGCACACAAUAUUACAGCUGAGUCUUUUAUCCUAUGAUUUGUAUCUUGACCCCAUUGAAUUUAACUGAAGAAUAAUUUAGGACUUUGGUUACCUUAGGAAAUAUAAAGCACCCGCACACUGUACUAAGCAGUAAACACCCACUUCUUUAUUCCAUCUGUGUUUUGUUACUUAGCUGCCUUUGUCCAUGUCACUUUAAAUCAUUCAGACAAGAAUGAACAAAGCAACAAUGCACACAGAAUUAUCUUCAAGAAAACCUCUUUGUUUGGUUAGCCGUCUGCUGACCCAUUGUCUAAAGUCAAGUGUGUACUAUUUGUACCAGUUCACACAAAGUGAUUCACUCCACCAAUCUGAUUGAUUAAUGCAUGUUCCAAGACUUCUUGCAUCCUCUCCUGACAGGACAAGUUCUGCUUUCCUCUUUUUUAUUUUAUUCAUUCAUUCGUUCAGUUUUUAUUUUUGCCAGGGGCGUUUUGAUACAUUUCUCCCUUAAAGUAUUUUAUUUUGCAGUUCAAAACUUUAAAGGACCACUAUAGGCACCCAGACUACUUCAGCUCAAUGAAGUGGUCUGGGUGCCAGGUCCCUCUAGGUUAAACCCUGCCUGCUGUAAACCUAGCAGUUUCAGAGAAACUGUCUCAUUGACAGCCGCCACAGUGCGCAUUCAGCCGAUGACGUCGGAAGGAGGAGGAGAGUCCCCAGUGCCGAGGGAGCCCGGCGCUGGAGAAAGGUUAGUGUUUAACCCCUUCCUCCAACUUCAGACCGGUGGGAGUGGGACCCUGAGGGGAACCUAUUAAUACUAUAGUGGGGACCUAUUAAUACUAGUUUGUUUUCCUAGCACUAUAGUGGUCCUUUAAUAGCCAGUGUAAAAAAACUACCGUCUCUAUCAUCGAAAGCAGACAUUUUAGCUUUCGACACCAUGUUACUGUGGUUAUUCUGCUUUUUAACUUAUUAAUCUACAGUGAAGUAAGCUGACUUUAAAAAUGGUACACUAUAGGCUGCCACUUUAUCUCAUUGAAGUUGCCUGGGUGCCCUGUCUGUGACCCCCUUAGGCCUGCAAUGUAGAACUCUGCAGUUCUACAGAUACUGUAAUGUUUACAUUGCAGUAAUUUGACUGCCUCUAGUGGAGUGGCUGUCUGCCAGUUGACUCCAUGAAACAACACGGGACGUCCUCACACUGUGCAUGAGUGUCCAGAUUCAGAGAAAACCUGAUAGGAAAGCAUUGAAGCAAUGCUUUCCUGUGGGGAAGGCCUAAUGUGCAUGCGCGUUAGGUCCCCUGUCAGAGGAGGCAGACUGUGACUAAGCACUGAAGGACCUCAGUGCUGGAACUGGGUAAGUGAUUGAUUUUAAAGUUUUUUUUUUUUUUUUUUUUUAAACCCUUUAUGUGCAGGGGGUGGGAUUGUGAGGGGAGGACCAGAGGGUACUAUAGUGUUAGGAAUACACUGUUGUAUUCCUAACACUAUAAAUGUUGUUUAAAGUGCAAAUGGGUUUGUGUUUAUUUUUAUUAUUUAUUUUUAUAAAGUAUAUGUUCAAAAUGAAGAAGGGAAAAAAAAAAACCCCAUCUAUACCUUUAGUAUAAUACAGGAUCCUUCUGCCAUAUACCUGCAACUUGUGUCAGACUGUGUUUAAAAACAGCCUCUGUGGUCUCACCUAUUUUUGUGCAGGGAGUAAAGCUUUAAAGAGACUAACUAUUGAUGUUCAUACACUGUCUGACCCAAGGUGCGAAUCAAAAAAUAUAUAUUUCCUUUCAAAACUAUGAUGAAAUGAAAAAAGUUUCCAGGUGACCGUUUUCCUUUAAAGCAAGGAAUUGUAUUUAUUUUAAGUGUUUACCUACCAAACAUGAAACGGGGCUCAUCUCUCAAAUAAAAUAAAAUUUACAGGGAUACUACGUGCUAUUUUUUUUUUUUUUUGACAUUGACAUUGGGAUUAUUAUUUUAAGUUGCAUCUCAUUAAGACUAUUCCCCAUUUUAAAAAUAAAGUGAAAAGAGAAAAAAAAAACAUGUAACUUAACCUUUAUUCCUGCAACUGAACAGCCUAGCCUCUUCCUUCAAAGCCUUAUUUGCCAACUCUUUUCUCAAGCUUCGUAUGGAUCUUGAUGAUCAUUGUCCAAUGAAGAAGUGGGAGAAGCUUUGAGGCAAAUAGUUUAAGAAGCCCACCAAUCAAAUGCCUCUCUUACAGUAAAUAAAUAGUGACAAUAGCUCUAGAAUACAGAUCGUGGAAGUGAGUGUAGUCUCUUUUAUACUUCUGAAUAUACAAAGCAAGAGAAAAUAAGAUCUGUUGCACAGCUAGACGGUAUGAUUGGUGACCGUAAGUAAUUUGCAAAGCAAACAAAAUAGAAUAUGAAAAGUGUUGACUCCAGCAAACUAGCAGUAAAACACAUAUAAGAAGUAAAUGAUAUUCAUCAGACGUUAUGUGUUUUUAAAGCUAUUUUAUAAUCCAUUAAAACCCAGGGAUCCGUACCAUCCAUAACAAAAUAAAUAUAUAGCAUGCCACAUUGCCAAAUAACACUUGGUACUGCCCCACAUAUAAGGGCAGUACACGGACUAUAAGUACUUCAGAAGUAUUAAAUGAUUUUCUGGGGCUGCUGUAUCUUGCAUAGAAAAAAAAUUGCUUUUUGUUUCUAGACCGACUGUGAGUGUGUCUGAUAUGAGUUUAUGUGCAGUUGACAUGUGGAAAGAAUGGUUUUGAUUGGUUAAGCUGGAUAGGUCAUCUGAUCUUUGUUCUGCUUAUUGUAUUUUGUCCAGCAUUUCUACAGUCCAUUUCAAAGCUUCUUUGCAGAUGUAUAAAUAUAUGCUUUUUUGUUGUGAUUAUCAUAAUGGUAGAAGACAGAUGAUCUUUCCAGUGUAAUACAAAAUUGCAAUAAUUAUACAACAAAGCUUCACAUUGCGUUACGCACCUGCCAUUCUAAAGGGCAUAUGUUAAGCUGGAUGACUCACAGGUAAUCAUUGACCACAGUGAAUGGCAUACACUCCUCCAGAUGAAUAUAAAGUGUGCUGUUGUUAGUAUUGCUAACAAUUUCCAAGUUAUAUGCAGGCAUCAUUUUUUUUAUUCUGCUUCCUUUCUUUAUAGAGCCCUUGCACGGAUUGCAUGAAUAACUUUUGUGGAUCGUGUUUUUCCCAAGUAAAUGGUAGUCAACCCAUAUGUCAACUCUGCUGGAGGUUCCGCUCAACUUUUUUCUCCCGUGAAGAGUUAUUGAAGAUGAAGGUGAAAGACCUGAGGGAUUAUUUAUCUAUGAGAGGCAUUUCUACUGAUCUAUGUCGAGAGAAGGAUGACUUGAUACAGCUGGUGUUAAACCAGAGACCAACAGUGGAUCAGACGGAUAUUCCAAGUUCUGAUAUUCCACAGUUUACAUCCAAUCAGAACAGAGCUGAUCAUGAUGAAGGUCCUGCUCCCUCACAACAACCACAAACGGUGAGUGUGCAUUGACUGUGUCAAUUGAUAUCUUUUAAAAGUUUGGAAAUGUUGUGAUAUCUGAUAUGUCAAAGAUGCAAAAAUCACAUAUGAUUUUAGAAUGCUAUAUGUACUUUCCUUCUUAUUGUGAACAGAGCACAUAUAUUAACAUUUUCUGUUUGUUUGGUUUUGUUUUGUUUUAUUCCAUCGAGACCAUGAUAAUACCUUUUUAUUCUGAAAGAGUCAGAACCAAAAAUAAUCAUCCAUACACUAGAGCUGCUAAACUGCAUUAAAAUUAAGCGCAUUUAAACUUGAAUAAGAUUUAGGGAUUUUCCGUGUAUGGUUAUGUAAUUCUAUGACCUCAUAUUAUCUGGCAUUUUAUGUUGGUUGCAUCCUGUUAAGCAAGGAAAAUAGAUAACUAGACUGUUUUCUCCGGGUUUAGUAAUAAAUCAAAUAGAAAAUCGAAAUAAACUAACAAGGGCUUUGAAUAGUUAGGAUCAAAUACCUCUGUUGGGAGAAACACCUGAAUUAAAAAGAAGCGCACUAAUGUAAGAAACAAUAAAUAUGUAUUUUGUGUAUUUCUAGAAAUUAGAGUUUUUUUCCGGACUAAUUUGAUUCACGGUCCACCUCAUUAGCCUGAAAUAAAGCCUAUUACUUAUACAUCAUCCCACGCUGCACUGGUCGCACCACUAUGCCCCAGCCAAGAUCGUUGAGUUUAGUUCAUAGAGAAGCAUUAGGGGCUUACUCUGCAUGCAAGUUUAUCGCAUUGCUGUGAUAUUCAGCAGCUCCUCAGAUGCUCUCUCCUAAUGUGUCUCUGUGGGGAGCAUUUUAUAGUCUGCUUGCAGAGAAAGCAAGAUGUGGAAGGUCAAUGAAAGAUUGCAGUUGCGUAAUAAGAAGCACCUCAAGUGACUGCCUGAGUGAUGGCCAUGAGAGGUGUCAAUGGGGACAAUUGUUAACAUUGCCUUUUCACAGAAAGGAGGGGGUUAACAAAUGAGAUUCCCUAGAGAUGAAGUCUUUGCACUAAUAUCACUUCAUUAAACUGUUGUGAUUUUAGUGCUCAGUGUCUCUUUAAAACUUAAAUUCAGCUUAAGUAGAUAGUAAAAAAUUCUAUGAGACAUUUUAGCCAUCGCGCAUAUGGUCUCUUCAUUCAUUGUAUUGUGUUCAUUUUAAAUAGUUUAAGUAAAAAAACUGAAAUAAUGUCACAAUUAAAAUUUUACAAAAUUAGUUCUCUUUUUGAAAGCCUUUCCAUGCUAACUUAAUAGUCAUUCUAAAUUGGCCUGUGUGUAUAUACGUAUGUGCUUUCCUAAAUUCCUUAGGAUUUUUUUUUUAAUACAGCACAUAAGAGUAGUAUUCAGAUUUGUGUGUGUGUGUGUAUAUAUGUAUGUAUGUAUGUAUGUGUGUGUGUGUGUAUAUAUAUAUAUAUAUAUAUAUAUAUAUAUAUAUAUAUAAAAAUAUGUGUGUUUUUUUUUAUUCUGUAUGUUAUUGAUGCAUUUCACUCACACUUUCCUUGUUGUAGGCAAAUAGCAGUACAACUCCUUCAGAGGAUGGAGAAGAUUUGAUGGCGGAACAAGAGACUGAGGUACUGUGUGCGUGUGUGUGUGUAUGUAUGGUAAUUUUGUUUAAUAGUCGAUACCUCCUUUAUAUAUCAGAAUUUCUUUGGCAUGAGUCAUUGAGGCUUUGUUCCCUGGCACAAAUGCAUCACUUUAAUUUUGUAAUCUGUCAUCGUUUUUGAAGAUGACACACAUGCAGGGCAGGAUUAACAUAGGGGCUGUUGUUGUUUUUUUGUUUGUUUUUUAACUUUACUAUUCUUCACAUGCUCUUGCCUAACUAUUGAAACUUAAAAGGGAUGUAGGGGAACUGCCUAAGUGCUCUGAGCCUAUCCUGCUAAGGCUCAGAACCAUGUGAGUGGGUUCAUAUCUUUUAUUACCACUCCACUAUCACCCAAACGUAUUACACAAGAUUGCUUUUUUUAUCUCAUCCCCACCUCUAGGUUAUUCAAAAAGCCCAAGAAGGGGGUGAGUUACCUCACUUUGAGUGCUCCACCUAUUGACUGGUGUCAGUUCAUUAACCACUCAGUCUACCAUCACAUUUUAUGUAUUUGUGCUAAGUUGUGAGAGGAUUGCACACCGAUGGUAGCGGCACAAUUUUCUCCACUAUUAUCUAUCUUAAGCGCCUGAAUACACAAUAUUACUUUUUUGUAUUUUGUUAUGUAGGGGAAUAAAACCUAUGUGGAGUGACUGACAAUAAAAUUAGUUAAAGGACCACUAUAGGCACCCAGACCACUUCGGCUCAAUGAAAUGGUCUGGGUGCCAGGUCCCUCUAGUUUUAACCCUGCAGCUGAAAACAUAGCAGUUUCGGAGAAACUACUAUGUUUCACUGAGGGUUAAUCCAGCCUCUAGUGGCUGUCUCACUGACAGUCGCUAGAGGCGCUUCCGCGAUUCUCACUGUGAAAAUCAGGAAAAAGGAAUUUGUUUUCAUGGCACUAUAGUGCUCCUUUAAUGUAAAACUGACUUUGUGCACUAUGCAAAUGCUCUUGCUACUUCAGUCUCUCUAACACUGUGGCAUGUUUCCUUUCUUCUACAUUCACUAAAUCCACCUUUUCUCUGUCCCAGACUGUAUAACAAGAGCUUCUGCUUGCUAGUAAGAAGGUGAGGAGUGGUCAAGUGAGUGUUAGAGGACUGUCCUUAGAAAGUGUGGAUCAAAUGCAUCAUUAAAUGCAUUUAUGCUAAGCUCAGUGUGCUGUCUGCCCUUAGUUGGCCUUCCAUGCAGACGCCCCCUUUUUGGCGGUUCUGGUUACGUGAUUCGUUUCAGUGGCCCAACUUUUCACCCUGCUCACAGUCAUCCUGCUUCACCGGACACUGGUAUUGGGGGGGUUUGAAUUUACUGGAAAGAUGAAAGCGAGAUAUUAGGAUUAAGUAUGUGUUUUCUUAUAGCUACAUCCGAUGAGUUUCCCCCCUGCAUUACCUCUGCCAGAAACAUGACGCUUGGAAGUUAAAACUAUUUUAUUGUUUUUUGUCAAUUAGAUUCUGUAAUUAGGCCCAUCAUAAUUGUCAGCACCAGGCCCAAUGGGCUCUUAAUUUGGUCUUGCACACAUCAAUAUCUAAAACUAAAUACAGGGAGUUUAUUAUUCUAUAGAAUGGCUUUAGAAUUGAUAAAAUAUUGCCACAGGUUGAAGUAUAUACCAAGCACCUGCAUUUCAUUUAAAAAUUUCUGCUAGACUGAAGUGCCUUCCUUUUUGAUAUGCGAUGCUGAAAACUAGUAGUUAAACCAGCAGUUCAGUAUGUCAUCCAUUGUCAGCAGCUGUCAACGUCUAUUAUAAGGGUAUAGGACACCAUGAAAUUGGACCAAACCAUGUUAUGAAUACAGAAAAUCUCCUUUACAAAGCCCAUACCAGGAGCAAUGUUGUAGAUUAUAUUUUGAUAAAUGGCGAUAUUAUAAUCUUGGAAUUUUUAUUAGUUGUGUUUAUUUAGUUGCUAAUUUUCCCAUAGCACGGUUUGUUGCAGUAUCUGAACUUUGUUUCAGUCUUGGCAAUUCAAGCCAUAUUUCCUGCUCAUACACCUCCUAUUGGUUGAAUUGGUUUGAGAAACCUGUCCAUAUCGAUUUUAAUAUAAGAUAUUGAAUACAACUGUAACUCCAGUGGACAUGGAUUACAAGUAUGAAAGGUCACUACUCCAUAUUAAUUCUCGUUGACCUCUCUGCUGCCUUUGACACCGUUGAUCAUGCUCUCCUCCUUCAAACUCUUCAAUCACUCGGUCUCUCUGACUCUGUCCUCUUAUGGUUUUUCUCUCUCCCAACGCUCAUUUAGUGUCUCCUUUUCCAAGGAUUCCUCCUCCCCUUGUCCUGUCUCAGUUGGAGUUCCCCAAGACUCUGUCCUUGGUCCCCUCCUAUUUUCUCUUGGCAAACUUAUUGCCUCUUUUGGAUUCCACUGCCACCUGUACGCUGAUGACACUCCGAUAUACCCCUGCUGUCCUGCAACGCGUCACUGCUUGCCUUUCUUUCAUCUCUGACUGGAUGUCCUCACGCUUUCUGAAACUCAAUCUCUCUAAAACUGAACUCCUUGUCUUUCCUCCUCCUAAUACUGAUCCUCCUCUCUUGCCCUCCCUUCAAGUCAGUGAUAUCCACAUAAGUCCAUCCUUGCAAGUGCGCUGUCUUGGCAUCAUACUUGACUCUGGCCCCAUCUUUGAGCCUCACAUCCAGUUUGUUGCCAAAUCCUGUAGGUUCCAACUUAAAAACAUAGCCUGCAUCCGCCCCUUUCUUACACAAGAUGCUACCAAGGAGCUUGUCCAUGCUCUAAUAAUUUCCCGCAUGGAUUACUGUAACCUUCUCCUGAUUGGUCUCCCCAAAAUCCAUAUUGCCCCGCUACAGUCUGUAAUGAAUGCCGCCGCCAGACUGAUUUUCCUCUCUAGUCGGUCCUCUCACACCUCUCCCCUCUGCCAGUCCUUACAUUGGCUCUAUGUAUCCUGUAAGAGUCAAUUCAAAGUGCUAACCCAUACAUUUAAUGCACUGAACAAUUCUAGCUUGUCUUAUAUCUCUUCACAGAUCCAUAGGUAUGCCCCUCCUCGUUCCCUCCGCUCUGCCCGUGACCAACAUCCUGACUGCUGCUCGCACCCGUACGGCUAACUCGCGCUUGAAGGACUUCUCGCGGGCGGCUCCUUUCCUAUGGAAUAGCCUGCCUACCCCCAUCAGACUCUCCCCUAGUCUUCAAUCGUUUAAGAAGGGCCUUAAAACCCAUCUCUUUAGGAAAGCUUAUGGCCUAGAGUAACCUCUACCUUACAUACCUGUCUCUUGCUCUCUCCUAUAGGGCAGUGCUUUACUCUCUCCUCCAGCUCUGCUUCACUCCCACCCUAUUUGAUUGAUAUUUUCUGUCCUAAUGUGUUUUAUAACCCACCUCCUAUAGACUGUAAGCUCAUUUGAGCAGGAUCCUCUUCAACCUAUUGUUCCUGUAAGUUUUCUGUAAGCUCAUUUGAGCAGGAUCCUCUUCAACCUAUUGUUCCUGUAAGUUUUCUUGUAAUUGUACUAUUUAUAGUUACAUCCCCCCUCUCAUAAUAUUGUAAGGCGCUAUGGAAUCUGUUGGCGCUAUAUAAAUGGCGAUAAUAAUAAUGUCCAUGGCCAGUAGCCCAGAUUCUACUUAUAGUAGAUGUUACUCCUAAAGAUAACCUUAACAUUUAAUUAACAAAGCAAAAAUCUGCAGCUGUGCUUCUGUCCAGAAUGCUUCUUCUGUGUUGCCACCAGCCAUUUAAAAUGAUGGCUCUACAAAUUGAUGUCUCAUGGAUCCUAGACCUUUGAGGGAACCAAUGCACUUAUUUCUGUACAUAUAUAUGUGUGUGUUUGUAGAAGUGGUAAAUGUGCUGCUUCUUGUCACUAUUUAAUUGAACCAAAUCUGUCCAAGAUUCCAAAGGGCCAUAGAAAGUGACCUACAUUACCCUUUCAGUGUCUGCUCACACAUUUUUCAAAGGUAGGAAUAUUUAAGAUUAUGCAUGGUAUCUCAUCCUUGUUUCUCCAUGCUGAAAUAUCUAGAUCAGGGGUCAGCAACCUGUGGCACAUGUGCUGUGCAUGGCACUAGAGGUACCUUUGCGCGGCACUCCAGGCUGCCAGAGACAAACAGGCUUUGACCUAUCAGGAUCCCCAAUGGUACUUUUGAUAUUUGCUAGUGCAAACUGAGUGGUGAUUGCAAGUGUGAGGGACCAUCCUCAAUUUACCCAUUGCAGCACUUAGAGAAAGUUAUCUCAGAUCACAAGAAUCCUUGCUGGAAUAGAGCAACCCGCAACAGCUAUGCUCCUGCCCUUUACCUGUACCUGGUCAGGCCAGUUCCUACUGGACUCCAGGAAAGCCAUCCACACUGCUAGAUAUACACAGACCUGCAGAGGAAGCCUCCCCAUCAUAAAAUAGCACAAACACACACAGUUCUUACAACCACAACACCGCUGACAAUCCACAUACACGCAGACAACUUGACAAGACGCCUCUCACAUGCAAUACCCCAAGCUGCCCCACACAUACACAAAACAGACAAUGUGACAUAUUAUCCGCACACACAAUUACACCAGGAGUCCCCAUACAAUGCCCACAUUCAUAGGUAUCAUACACAGUACCAUAAACUAUUGAUGAAUGUAUACUGUACAAUUUAACAGGCCACACACGCACAAAUUCAAGGCUACAAAGCAACUGCUACAUUCAUAAAUAACACAAUUUAAAAAAUAGGAUUGUCACGCAAGUGAAUCCAAAAUCUUAUUUUGGCACAUACUACUAAAAGGUUGCCUACCUUUGAUCUAGGUUUUAACUUCAGAUAUUAGUUUCUCGUAAAUCAACAAAUAAUAUGUUGUUGCUAAUUAUCUGCUGUAUAUGAGGACUUUUUCAAAGGGUAUUCUGUUCCCUUUCUAUUGUUCGCAAAGGGGCUGGAAUGAUUUAUGGUGUACUUCUUAUUUGCAGUCCUUAGACUCCGAAGAGGUACUAGUGCCCGGGCGGAGGGCCUCACUCUCCGAUAUCCACAGCGUAGAGGAAAUUGAAGACCUAACUGUGCGUCAGCUGAAGGAGAUCCUGGCCAGGAACUUUGUCAAUUACAAGGGUUGCUGUGAAAAGUGGGAGCUGAUGGAACGUGUUACGCGGCUCUACACUGAACAGAAGGGUCUUCAGGAAAAAGGUGACAUUUAUCAGCUACACUGUUAGAAUCAGUGAACCUUAACAGUCUUACAUUUUUUGCCUUUAAUUCGCAAACCAUGUGUAGCAAAGAUAGUAUAAUUAUAGCAUAUGAGCAGCAGUGCAUGAUAACAUAGUAUAAUUGUAGUGUGCAUAUACGCUGUGCACUUGUGUGUAAGUCCUAGGAGUACAUCUGCAUUUCAGUAAACAGGAUUUCUUUAUUACGUAUCUCUGAAUCCGCUCUGGUUUUGUAGUAUAAUGACUUUGUAGGUGUUGUUCAAAAGCAAGCACUUCCUUAUAGCAUUAUAUAUUUUGAAGUUUGACUUUUCUUAUGCAAGGCCUGCUUCAUCGAGGUUCAUGAAGAGUAAUUCUAUGAAGUAUUAAAAUCAGGAAGAACAUUCCUAGUCCUUACAGUCAAUUCUCAGAACAGUUUUGACCUGUUUUUAAAUUUGCUGAAUUGAACAAUAUUCACUGGUGUUUACUGAUGUAGGCAGCAUAGAAGGGGCUUGUGGCAUAAGCCAUCCAUAUUGAAAAUCAGUAUUAAAUUUGCAUGAAUCUUGGUGGGAUUCUUAGAUCUCUGUAUUAUUCUCCAGAUUUGAUGCAACGCUUUUUACUUUUCCAAUCGCACGACUUACCUGUCUUAUGAAUGUAUUAAAAUACAAUUGUUUGGUCCCACUCCAGUGAGGUCAUACAGGCGUAUAAUCAUGAGCCACAUUGUAAAUUGUAUAUCAAAGUUUGAUGUAUUUGUGAGCAUUGUUUAAGCAUUUGAAUGUAAGCAUGUUUUUGUAUGAAGUAUGGGUAUAUUUGUAUGUACUGCUGCCAUUGGAAUGUAGUGGUGCACUUGGGUGUUGUGUUUGCGUUUGAAUGCCAGGGGUGUUUGUAUGUAGUAAUUGAUUUUAAAUACAGGUGUGAUUUUGUGUGUAGUGUUGGUGUUUAGAUAUAAUGUUUGAUUUUAAAUGUGGAUGUACAUCUGUGCGUAGUAUUGAUGUUUGAGUGAUGUAUUUGCAUGUAAUAUUAGUGUUGGAGUGAAGGGGUGUGUUUGCAUAUUGUGUUGGUAUUUGCCAGCUUGGAUGUGUACACAAACUGCCACAUACAUACACAUUAACUGACAUAUAAACACAAAUUCAUAUGCACACUGACAUACACAUAUAAAUGCACACCCUGACACACAGUUACACAGCUUCUCAUAUACGUACAGAUGCACAUUUUUCUAAUUUACUAUAACCUAUUUCAACCAUCUAAGCUUUGCUGUUCCACUCCAUUCUUUUACAGUCUGUACAGAUAACUUUGAUUUAAAAGAAAAUAUACAAUCUUAAGCUCUUCAUACUGAGAAUAUUCUUUGCAUAUUCUUUGAUAGGGUUUACACAGUGUUUGACACCCAUUAAUCUCUGCAUGGUACCGGCUUUCAUUGAGUAGGUUGUUUAGGAAAUAGUCUUUCAGGAGACGUGGCUUUUUCAGUUAGGUUGUAUGUACAUAAUACUAAUACCCUGACUUGAAUUUACACUUUUUGUAUAGUAAGUGUGUACGCAAGUUAGCUUUCAUGUAUAGCCAGAUAUAGAAGGUAUGUUGCAUGCAGUAAAAAAGCACUUUAAUGGAACCAAGUUAAGACAACAUUUUCUCUUUUGUAUUCCAAGUGACGUGAAAAAGUAUUUUUUAGACUUGAAAGGUUGUCCUGCAACACCGUUUCAUUAACCCCUUAAGGACACAUGACGUGUGACAUGUCAUGAUUCCCUUUUAUUCCAGAAGUUUGGUCCUUAAGGGGUUAAAGCUAUUUGUCUUACGUGUUAUGUACCCUGAUCUCUCCUUGGAAUGAUUGAUUAGUGGGAGUGUGCGUAAUACCACUACCACUCCCUUUGUGGAGCGUGGAGUUAUAUUUUUAUGUGUGCAGUUCCCCUUUGAUGUGUUGAUCUGUUUAACUGACUUCCCUAAAAUGCUAUAUGAGUACCAAUUAUACAUUUGACAAGAUCAGUGACCCCUUCAUGCAGGUGAGAAACGUACGACAGUAAAAAGCCUAUUUGUGUUGAUGGUUUUUCUUACUAAUAUCAUUGCAAUCCCUUGUCUGAUUGCCAAGAUCAUAGUUUGCAAAAUCAUGUUUGCUAAUACUCUGAAAGAAAAGACAUCUGCCCAUUUAUUUUUUGUUGCAAAUGGUCUUUCAAAUGUAUAGUGUGUGAUCAAAUUCAUCCAGUAGCUCGCUUUGUUACUCGUUUUUUAAGUUUUAACUUAAAUGCUUUACUAAAUUCUGUGUUUUAACUUUGUAGAUUCUGUAGACUUGACAUUACUGUACUUGAAUAGUUUCCUCUUCCUAACUAUUCACAUAUAAGUGCGUCUGAUGUGUUCCUUCUUUCACUAUUCACCAGGAUAAGACUACUUUGUCCACUUCCUAUUCUUUACUUCUAUAAAGUAGUUUCCACUGCUUCCAUCAACCAGGAAAUCCUUGUUUUACAUUAACAAGCAUAAAAAUAUUAUACAAGGCCAACCAUACAAUCUGAAUAUUGUGCAAGCACCCAAGCAUUAUGUGGUGGCUACCAAGGCCAAAUUUAAUUUGAAGAUAUGUAGCAGAAAUGCACUUAUUUGAUGGCAUGAGAAAGUAACAGAAGGGUGUUGAAACAUGACUGCAUUUUUUUUUUUGCUUUGCUGGCUUAAUAAAACUAAAUUAAAAUUAGUAGUGUGCUGAGGAAUAAUUACUAUUAUAGGAACACUAUAGGGUCAGGAACACAAAUCCCCUUAAAAGGUAAUAAAACGUACCUUAUUUCCAGCACCACGCUGGCCCUACCCCAUUCUGACUCAUUGCUGACAUCAUCAGAAUUUAUGAUUUCAGCCAAAUCCUAUAGGGAAAGCAUUGGAUUGGUUGAAGUUGUCAAGGAGACGGGACAAGGGCAGGGCCAAACACUGCCUUGGCCAAUCAGCACCUCCUCAUAGAGAUGCAUUGAAUCAGUGCAUCUCUAUAAGGAAAGUGAGAUAAAAUAUAGACUUUUAUUAAUAUUGUAAAAUAUCUUGCAGCUGGUUUUCAGUAAUUGCAAUUCUUUGUUUUCAUGUAGCCCCUUUCUCAAGGUUUAAUUUUGUUUUUGUAAAAAUUUCAUUCAUAUAUCUGAUUAAUUCUUCAUCUUGCAUAGAAGCAGGGCUGACAUGACAGUGAUUUGCAUUAUAGAUCUCCUUAUUCUUAGUCUCUAGCUUCAAAGAGUGAUAUAAGUCAAAGUAAUUGAAUAUAAAUGCAUCUUCUGUACCUUCCUUUUUCGAAUACUUCUGCUCUAAUGUUUAAGCGCUGAUUUAUGCAGUUAUGUAUUAAUAUAUAUAUUUUUUUUUUAUUUUAUCUUUCAGUUGCAGUUGCUGAAGGAGGAGGUAAGAAAAACUGUUAUGUUGUUUCUUGUCAUUUUUUUCAUCUUGCUUGAUCUUACUAAUGGGUUCUUCAGCUUAUAGAUGGAUGAAGAACCCAGUAGUAAGAAAAAUACGAUUAGGAAAUUGUAAUGUAAAGACCUUGCUAUAAAAUAUUUUAACUUUAUAUUCUGAAAAUGGAAAAUGUUAGGCCGCACUGUGAAAUAGUUGGGUUUAAAAUCAUAGCAAUAGUUGUGCAGAAAGAAAGAACAGCCUGCCAAUGAGCCCAAAAUAUAUUGUGUACAAUAUAUAUCAAUAAAAUAUAUCAAUAAAAUAACUAAACUGCCAAUGUGUGUCCUCAUGUCAAAUAUCUGGAAAAUGUUAGGCAGGUAACGGUCUUGUAUUUUUCUAAAAUUAUUUUUUUUGUGUUUUGUUUUGUUAUCUGGUAGUGAUUUAAUCAUUUUUUAUACCACAAAGUUUUCUGCUGAAUUUUAUGUAAUUGAUUUCCGAAUCUAAAUUAUUUAAAAGCACUUUCUCUGGCAGAAAAUCCAUUCCAUCACUUCUUUAAAAAUAUUUUAAAACUCUAUUCUAUUUCCUCAUGAAAUCUGGAUUGUCUCUAGCAGAUAUAGGAUAUUCCAUAAAUCACAAAUCCCAUUGGACAAUGCUAUUUUUCAUCUAGAUCUUCUUGAUGAAUUUUUAAAAGUUAUUACCCAGUACGGUCUAAGCUGCUUCCUUCUGUAGUGGUGAUUGGCAGCAGUGGUGGUUUCCACAACACCUUUUUUGCCUCAUUUUCCAAGUACCUUUCCAUACUGUGCAUUAUCUUUAAAUGAUUUAUUUAUAAAACAUACAGCUGAACGCUGUGUAAGCAAACCUUUCUUGGUUUUAACUCUAUUUUCUCACCCAGUAAAAUGCAGGGUUAUUUAUUAAAAAUGAAAAUUGUCAGGAAUUCAAAGUGAAAUUUAAACUUAGGGGCCAAAAUAGCUGAAUUGCUUUGCUUCCAGUUCAGCUAUUUUGGUCUAAAAGUUGAAAUUAAAGGGAAACUCCAGUGCCAGGAAAACAAUCUGUUUUCCUGGCACUGCAAGUACCCUCUCCCUCCCACCCCCGGUUGCUGAAGGGGUGAAAACCCCUUCAGUAACUUACCUGAGGCAGCGACGAUGUCCCACGCUGCAGCUUCUUACUCCGCACCGCUCCUCCCUCUGAUAGCGUCGGCCGGCGGGCGAGACUGAUCCCGCCCACCGGCCGGGGAGACCUAAUGCGCAUGCUUUCCUAUGGGGAAAUAAGUGACGCUGGAGUUCCUCACACAGCGUGAGGACGUCCAGCGACGCUCUAGCACAGAUUGCUAGAGGUGGAGUUAACCCUGCAAGGUAAUUAUUGCAGUUUAUAAAAAAAAAAACUGCAAUAAUUACAGUUGCAGGAUUAAGAGUAUUGGGAGUUUGCACCCAGACAACUCCAAUGGGCAGAAGUGGUCUGGGUGCCUGGAGUGUCCCUUUUAACACGGAGUUCCUUCAAAUAUUAUUUUUUCAAAUGUAUCACCGAUAGUUCAAAACCUCAGUAAUUUUCUGUUACUGGGAAUUCUAAAAUGCCUCUGCUAGGUAUAUUAGACAUUAAAGGGACACUAUAGUCACCCAGACCACUUCGGCGCCGGUGACGUCGGACAAGGAUGCCGACGUCGGCGGGGGAAGAGAGGUAAGGGAGCCCGGCGGAGGAAAAGGGUGAGUAGCUGAAGGGGUUUUAACCUCUUCAGUGCUGAGGGUGGGGGCACCCUCAGGGUACUAUAGUCACUAUAGUGUCCCUUUAAAUAAUUGUGUUCUGCAUACCUUGAUGUGCUACCAGAUCAAGAAAAAAACUGUUUUUGAAGGCAUUCAUCCAUUAGAAAGCCAUGUACUAAAAUGUCCUUUUUAUGUAUUUUAUUUUUUUAAUUAUUUGUAUGUCUAUUUCAAUUCUUCCUAAAGGCAAUCCUGGUGCAGCACUUGAUGAUCACAUAUGCAAGGUGUGCAUGGACUCCCCCAUCGACUGUGUUCUGCUGGAAUGUGGCCACAUGGUGACCUGUACAAAGUGUGGCAAACGAAUGAGUGAAUGCCCCAUAUGCCGCCAGUAUGUGGUGCGGGCUGUACAUGUCUUCCGAUCCUGAUUUUUCCAUUCCUGGGGCAUAAAGUAAUAUUUACAGCCUCAUACAAACCAUUAUGCUGCGCUACACAUUUAUAUCUGGAAGAGUGCUGCAUGAGAAAUAGGACAGGCAGCUGCAUUCAUCCAUCACACCACAAGGGGGAGAUAGUCUUACUUUUUCUUUUCAGAAUAUUCUGCUCUCUGGGUUUUGUAUGUUAUGAAGUGGUUUCUUAAUGCCAGUGAAUUCCAUAAGGGGAAAAAACAAAAAACUCAGAAGCAUCCCUGACAUAUAUGAAUAGUCUUAUCAUAUCAAAAAUGGGCCCCUUUGCCCGACCCAUUUUAUGAGGAACUGUACUACAUUCACUUGUGCUUUUUAGACAAACUAUUUUCAGAUGUGAUCUACGAGUAUCAUUUAUUCAGUUUUGGUGUAAGAAUAUUAUUUUGACUAAAUUACUAGCUACUGAGAGAUUGGAGUUGCAUAUAUAUAUGUUUUGUAAUUUUUAUUCGGUAGUGCCUUACACUAUUGCCUUAGCCAUUACAUUGGUGAAAAUAUUUGCUUUGGUAUAUUAGUUACAAAACCUAAUUUACAGUUCAAUAUAUAAAGAGACCGGUAAUGCUCAUCUUAUUUCUUUACUAUUACGAUCAUUAGAAACUCAGGCCAAAUCAUUUUUACGAGGGAAAUGUAUUCACUAUUUUCUGAAUAAAUAACACCACCUAGCAUUUUGUUAACACCGAGAAAUAGGAAUGUCUUAAGUCAUCAUCAUAAUCCUAUAUAAACAAAGGGCCUCAUUGGCAAGAGACAUAAUUCUUUUAUGAUAGAUUACUUUGCAUUUGCACUGUUUAUUGAUCAAUUACCAGGAAGCUAAAGUAACUGGUGUUUUUGUUUUUUUAUCAAGUACCGUACUUUUAGGUACAAGUAAUUAUGUUUUUCAGACAUCCGCUUGAAAGUACAUUUAAGGAAAGCAUUAUUAAAAAAGAAAUAACUUUUGUUGGAGGCCUGCAAAUGAAUUUCAAAUUGUGCAUAUUAGGAUAUCCCUGAUUUUACAUAAGUGAUUCAGAUUCUGAGCCAGUGAUUCAUAAAGCACACACAAAACAAACUGAUAGACGACACUGCUAUGAGAAGGUAAAUUACAUCUGCUGCACACACUAGCAAUAUUUUACUGAAAUCAGUGUUUCUGAUACUAGUUUUGUUUCCGAUUCCCAGCCAGAACCUAAAGCUGCUGCCUUUCUUUUAUAUUCCUAACCUGUGCUUUAUGAUCCAAUGCAGCAAGUAAAUCUUUUAGUAACCAAUUGAGUCCCAGUGCCAUGUUCAGACUUUUAACCAUAAGCGAAGCAUGAGAGGGCACUACAGCAAAUGGCCAGUCAGAUGCAAUUGUUUACUAUCAAAUGGGACCUGUCAUCUGUGAGUGGAUAACAUGGCCUUCUUCAGGAAUGUAAGAAAUUAGAUUCUAAAGCAGAAGAGGCCAAUUUAUUUUUCUUUCUUAUAGUGGACUAAAUGUGCAGCCAUUUAUUUAUAAACCACAUUGUUGCUGGUGCAAUGUCUCUGUUAUGGUGGCAUGGAUGAAGACGUGCACAAACAUUUUCUUAUUUGUUUUUAGUAAUUUUACUUUAUUGGCAUUGCUUUUUAUGAACCAUUAGAUUAAAGUAAAGUCUACACCUAUGCAGAUCUACAUAAAGUGGAGUUUAUUUCAUAGAUUACAAAGGUACAGCAUGUAUUGUUUUGUAACCAAUAGAGCAGAUCUUAAGCCACAUACAAAUCCUUGAUGUACCAGUCCCCUUUGAGAUGAUGCUUGACCUUCUCAGCUGCUACCUGUAAUAACUACAAUAAUAAAAGGGCUACAAUUAUCAACUGGACGAAUAGGUAGGUGCUGUGCCUUCGUGGACAGUAUGUCCCUUGGCCAUUAGUGCCUCCAAUUUUAAAUAAAGCUUUGAAAGAUUAAUAGUUUAAUAAACCCGCUCCAGGUGUUGUGGGAUAUUUUUACAAAAGAGUUCUGCUUUAUUUUGUUUUGUAAUAAAGUUUUAAGUUGAUUAAGAA